GAAACGAUCGAGUGUGUAAUACUGAAGGAGAUUAAAAACAACAGCUGAACGAAAUCAAGAAUAUAUUUUCAAAAUAGGGGAGUGGGGCCGGCUGUAGGAUGGAAACUAUGAUGGCAUGUUGGAUAGCAACUAUAAGAUGGCAAGUUGGAUGGUAACUAUGAUGGUAUGUUGGAUAAGAACUAGGGAAGCAUGUUGGAUGGGAAUUGGGAUGGAAUGGUGGAUUGGAUUAAAGGUAAUUUUGGAUGAGAACUAGGGUGGAAUUUUGGAUGGGAUCUAGAAUGCCAUGUUGGACGUGAACUUGAAUGGCACGUUGGAUGAGAACAAGGAUGGUAUGUUGGAGUGGAACAAGGAUGUCAUGUUUGAUGGGAACAAGGAUGGCAUGUUGGAUGGGAACACGGAUGUCAUGUUUGAUGGGAGCUAUGAUGGCGUGUUAGAUAGGAAUUAGAGUAGCAUGUUGGAUGGGAACUAGAAUGGCAUGUUGGAUGGGAACAAGUAUGGCACGUUGGAUGGGAACAAGGAUGACAUGUUGGAUGGGAACUAUGAUGGCAUGUUGGAUGGAAAUUAUAAUGUAAUAUUGGAUGGGAACUAGGGUGGCAUGUCGGAUUGGAACUAGGAUGGAAUGUUGGAUGGGAACUAGGGUGGCAUGUUGGAUGGGAACUAGGGUGGCAUGUUGGAUGGGAACUAGGAUGGCAUGUUGGAUGGGAAUUAGGGUGGCAUGUUGGAUGGGAACUAGGGUGGCAUGUUGGAUGGGAACUAGGAUGGCAUGUUGGAUGGGAAUUAGGAUGGCAUGCUGGAUGGGAAUUAGGAUGGCAUGUUGGAUGGGAAUUAGGAUGGCAUGUUGGAUGGUAAUUAGGGUGGCGAUGGUGAGUAGUAUGGGGAGGGUGAUUAGUAUGGGGAGGGUGAGUAGUAUGGGGAGGGUGAUUAGUAUGGGGAGGGUGAGUAGUAUGGGGAGGGUGAGUAGUAUGGGGAGGGUGAGUAGGUUCGGCAGGGGUGUGGGGAGGAAGACGGCAAGUGUGACGCGGAACUGUGUGGGGAGUGGGGUAGAGAGUAUGGUGGGGAGUAAUAUGGGGAGUCGUUUUGGGAAUUGAAUGGGAACUUUAAUAGUGAGCUGGAUGGGAAUGUUUUUUUAAAAUCAGUAUUGAAAGUGGGCCAGAGAAUCGGAUGGGGUAUGUGGUGAGGAUUAGACUGUGGAGUUGAUUUGUUGGUCAGUUCCUAAGACUUUUAGAUUGAUUCGCUGAAAAGACUUAUUCUUGAUAAUGCAACAUAAAGUUGUCCAUGACUCAAUACUGAAGAUGGCAAAUAAAUACCAACUGAAGUCAGUGUUGUCAUUUUGGUGACGGUCAUAGCAAAAGUAAGUCUCAAUGGAAACUGUUUUCGUCUUGAUGUAAAGAGAAGGUCAGGCUCACUUGGUGCAAGAGUAACUCUUGGAAGAAAUACCCUGUUACUUUUAAAAGAUCGGAAAGGUCGGAAUUUCACAGUCAGAGACUUUCUACAUCAUUCUGUUGCCAUUACAAAUAACACUUAUUGAGUCAAAGCUUCGUAGCAACAUGGCUGUUGCGCAAAACUCUAGUUAAGUCUAUGAGGGAGCACACCUCCAGGUGUUAAGCUGUUUAAAAAGUCCAUAUGAUAGUUAGCUGCCUCCUCGGGAUUUUCACUGUCUCACUGAAUAGAAUCUUUGCUGAUAAAUCAUUUCAAUUCAGACUGAAUUCGUCUAAGGACACUAUAAUUAUGUUCCAUUGACUCGUAUUUUGUGUGUGUGUGUGGUGUUUUUUUUUUUUUGGUCAGGAUUGCGCGGUUAGCAAUGCUGUCAAAUCUUAAUUUGAUGACCUCAUGUAAGACAGCAUAAAAAUACAUCAAUUUCAAUGCAGACUGUAGGAAUUUCGAAGAUGACUUCCUCUAGUCCAGGCUCAUGGAGUGUUCCAUUCCCAAGUUUUAAAAGCCCAUCGGAAAAGCCUCGGUGUUCUUUCUGGUGGGACAUUGUUCUUAUUGGCAUUCAUGCUUUGGUCUAACAUGAGGACUUGAAUAUUUUCCCAAAACUUUCUAUUCUUCAUUUAUGUAUUUCAUUUAUUCUUCAUUUAUGAAGAAGUAAUUCGGUUCUGCUGCCACGUGGAGCAACAGGGAGACUUUGUCUAAAAUCUUCACCAAUAAAGAAGACCGCACCUCCAAUGUUUUUUUAGAAGAAUCGUUUUAGCUAAGAGCUCUUUCUACGGUGUUCCAACUGCAUUUACUCCAUUGAAGCUUUAUCCCAAAUUAUCACUUAGGCCUUUUUUGGUUUAUUUGCAGUAUUAGUCAUAUGUCGAACAUUAAAUGUUGAUGUUUCAUUUAUUGGAAUAGGCAGCCUGAAACGAUUGUGGGAAGUUCUUCCUCAAGCAAAGUUACUGUUAUGCUUGUAAAUGCAAAUGGCAAGACUUGUUCAUCUUUGCUACGCACAUAGUGCUUAAUUAUGUUGUAAAGGACGGUUUCACCACUUCCGCCAUGUCCAUCAGAAUAGAUGUUGGGAUAAGUUAGGGUUUUCAAUUGCUUCCCUGAUUUUGUCGAAAGCCCUUAUUUGCACUUGGUAGAGCAUUUUAAACUUUUCUUCGAACAUUGUUUUUCGGGCUAUCGGAUCGUAAUAUUUUCCAGGAGGGAUUCGGUCGUCUGGAAGUUCUAUUCCAAAAUCUGCCAAUGACUGUCCAAUGUUUUCGAAGGAAAGAUUCAAUGUUUUAAAGUGACAGAUAGAGAGCUUUUUCUCCAUCAGGAAAGCAUAUCUUAUAGUCUUCCACAAGACUGUCCUUAAUGUCUUUCAAAUAACGCUGCUGCGUCCGAUGGCUCACACGUAAUUCAAAUAAAUGCAAAAAACUGCCCCAGUUGUACUGGCAUUUGAUGAGUUGCAGCUUCUGUUAGGCAAGUAUCCCUUUCUGAUUCAUCAUCAGUUAAUCCCUUUGCAAUGCAUGCUUCUUGGAAACUUGCAAAGGAGACGUGAUUUCCUUCGACCGUUGUUAGGUCCUCGAAAGACAUUGCUCCCCUGACAUUGAGAAUUUUUGUUAUUUUAAGUAUAAUGUUCGGGAAUUUCAUUAUAUAAAUUAAAUACUAUCGGGCGGUUACCGGAAAUUUGACCGAAAGAAACUUCGUCGACGGUAAAUUUCUUUUUGAACGCACUAUCCUAUUUAAUAAAACAAAAUAAUGCGUUCAAAAAGAAAUUUAAAGCAAAAUUUUAACGUAAAAACUGAAAACAAAGAUUCAACCAAAUGUCUGUUCGAUCAAAAUUACCGUCGAUCAAUUUACCGUCGACGCAAUUUCUUUCGAUCAAAUUUCCGGAUACGCUCUCGGACAUUGUGGUCUUCUUGAAAAGGGUGGGCAUUUUCCCACAUGAUCAGUUUGAUGGUGCAUCUUGUAUUCCCUGAGCCUCGAGCAUGUUUCAGGAGCACUUAAAUAUCGGGUAACCAAAUAAUUGUUUACUUCGUCCCAAUGAAUAGUAGCUUCCAGUUAUGUUGGAAACUGUAAGGAAUUGAAUACUUUUUUUUAAAUAAAUGCGUUUUUUUAUUGCCACUUAUCCAUCUUCUUAACUGGGCAGUACCGGUACUGAGUAUGCGUGCAUCUACCAGCGACAUAACAUUCAGACGAGUAGGGGUAACCUAGCUAUAGCAGAGUGAAGGCAACAUAGCUGGUAAAAGAAUUGGGGCAACAUAGCUGGUUGAAGAUUGGGCAGCAAGGCUGAUAGAUGUGUGAGUGUGGGGCACAGUAGAAAAAGGUUUGGGGGGGGGGGGUGUUAUAGAGAUAUAAUAUAGAAAAGGGGGGGGGACAGAAGAAAAAGGUUUGGGGGGGGGGGGGUUGUUAUAGAGAUAUAAUAUAGAAAAGUGGGGCAAUAUAGGUAGUAGAAGAGUGGGGUAGAAUAGCUAUUUAAGUUGUGACAGCGUAGCUGGUAGAACAAUAUGACAUCAAUUUUAAUAAAGUAAUUUAAUUUAAAUUAACACAUACACAUUACAUUUUUAUACUCUAAAAAUAAUUUUAUUAAAAGUUUUUGGAGCUCGAGCAGUAAGAAAGUUUACCAGGUCCAGCUCCACUCUAGUUCCAGGGAAAAAGACCCUGCUCCAGAGCUCCGAGCUCCGCUUAAAAUCCCUGCUUUCUUCGUUAUGAAGUUUAUUUCUAUUAAAAUCACAAGGAAAAAAAAAGUUAUUAUAAUAGUUUUGCAUCGGCAAGGAUAAAAAUAUUAACAUAUUGUUUCUUGGUCUUGUUUCUAUUUCGUUUCAUCAUUUCAAAACCCGCGGAGGCUUAAAUUGUCUAUUUUUAGAAAAAUAAAUAAGCCGCAGGAAUCCCCUCAUUUGAUUGGUUACCAUAUCAAGACGUGUCUAUUGGAUUAAAAUCAUGUUUGCUAUAAAUUUCAUGUUUAGUUGAGUUUCAUUUUAUUCCAUUACCAGAAACAAAAUAAAACAUUAAAUAAUAUUUUGGUAUUAUACAAAUAAGUUAAAAUAACACCGACCUAAAUCUAUAUUUUUUCCCCCCCGUAAGGCUACAAGUGAGUAGUCAGGCCUGUUACACAGUCACAGCUGUGUGCAAGGGGAACUACUACACUAAAGCAGACGGACGAGCCUAACACGGACCCUCCUACUCCUGCUCCCAUCGGUUAACGGCUAUCCCUUGAGGUUUUUUGGUUAUUAUUGCCAAACCUCGGGGACACUACGAAAAUGGACCUUCUCUGCGGACACGAUAGAAAACUUGGUUAUCUGGAAGAGCCAGAUAUGGUGGAUUUUUUGGAUUCGAAUGAGAUAUUUCACACUCCUAUGAUGGUACGUACCGUUCAUGAAUAAACAUAUUGUGUGGUAUGGUGUACUAACCCGGCAUGUUCAAGUGUUCCAUAUGUUGUAACUUUUAAACAUUUUUGUUAACAUUUUAUAAUCAAAAUUGUCAUUUUAUUUUAUUAAAAACUGUUAUAUGUUUGUUAAUCAUCAUGUAGGCAAGUAAUUUGAUUAGGCUUUGUCUAACAUUUAUCACAUGGAUGGGACCAAGCAAUGGCAAUACCUGGGCCUGAUAACUGAGCCCAAAGUAAAAGGCAAACACCGGUAGAUCCGGGUGACGCCCAUCAUGAAUCUUUCGGUUAAAAUUAUUGUAUCUUAACAGGGUUGUUGAGUUCAGCAAAGGAGGACGUGUAAACACUCCCAUAAUCUUAUGGACCACGGAGAGCCCAAAGUUUUCUUGUUUACUAUGGACAUACACUGUAUGAUUCGUAUGAUACAGGGCUUUCUGACUUCUGAGUCUGAGAGGAUCAAUAAAGAAUACUUAAAUAAUAAAUAACCAGCUCAUCAGUAUCAGGGCCAGUCUAACUUAUCGCCUUUUAAAAAAAAACAACAAAAAUAUUUACUUAUUACGUUACUUGGAUAUUAGCUUUAGAAGUUAGUGUUUUGAACUUUAACAGUAGACUAACUACUUUGACUUUAAUUAAUAGUAUUUAGCCUAAAUAAUAAUGAGUCUAUUCUAAUGACCUUAUGCUGCCCACUGCCAUAAUUACUAAUGACCCUUUUAAGUAAGUAUAAAAAACAAUAUGAUGAAAGGUAGUUUACUAUUUCAUGAGGUUAAUGCCUAAUAACAACAAAGAGGUACACAAAACUAGAUCAUACUAUAAGUAUAAGAAUGGUGGACAUUAAAAAAUGUAGGCCAAGGAAUUUAAAUGUUUUAUUUCCAACUUCUUUGAGAGAACCCAGUUCCAAGUGUCUUUCUAAAAUAUUAAAAACUAGUUUGUCAAACUCAACCAAACAUUGGUUCAGAAGAGCUGGUGCCAAAGGCUGAUUCCCAAAGUUGGCUAUAGGCCUAUAAAUAUUCUUAUUAAAAAUGUUAUGAUUAUGCUAUGGGUAGCAGUAGGUCUAUAGUGUAGAAUUGUAUAUUGAAAUCAAAUUAAUUAUAUGCUAAUUAUUAUGUCAAGUAACUGCAAUAAAUGAUAUCAUAGCUGUAAUUAACUAAGCUAUUUAAUUUAUACUUGUUUCUUAAUUAUAGAAGAUAAAGCACCAGUUGAAGAUUAAGACAAUCUUUAAAAUAAUUUCAUUUUUAAAUUUUCCUUAGUAGGCCCUAUCUUUCCUAGUAUUUUAAUAUUUUUUUAAUAAUAAUUAUUUAUAAUAGUGAAGCCCAUUAGCUUAUAAAAAUUUAAUAGCUUUCUUCUUUCACAUUAUAAUUACGUGACUGUCACCUAUAUAGCACAGCACAAUUUCUUUAAAAAUUCUUGGCAGGUCAUAUCCCUCCUAAUUUAAUACUCAAGAAGGGCAAACUGUGAAUUAAAACAUUUUUUCCAUAGGCAAAUUGAAGGUGUUACAACUAUUGGAAAAAAAUUGUGCCCAGCACUUUUUGUUGCCUAUAUAAUGCUAGUCCAGCCAUCUAUCAAAAUGUAAAUUUGUUACCUAGUCUUGUAGCCUGAUGAAUCAAAUAUGCAUUUAAAUGUAUUUAAAAUUGUGCUUUAAGUUUGUAUUUUGUAAAAUUAUUUUUCCUUUUAAAAAAAAAAAAGUAUAUCUAACGUAUAUUUUCAUCUCCUAGCUUUAAUAUUAAUAGCUCAGUUGCUUAGCCCAAAUUCAGCCCUGUUUAUUGCUCCUUUUAUUGUUGAAGAAUUUUUUGUAGUUAAUUAAUAAUUACUGUAUUACAUCUUCACUAGCUACUUACUGUAUUACAUCUUCACUAGCUACUUACUGUAUUACAUCUUCACUAGCUACUUACUGUAUUACAUCUUCACUAGCUACUUACUGUAUUACAUCUUCACUAGCUACUUACUGUAUUACAUCUUCACUAAAUUGUAGGUGCUUGAGCAAACAUUUUCAUUUAUUACUCUAUUGAAUUAUUUUUUUAGAAUAUUUUACCUUUCUUUUUAAUUGGCUGCAUUGAUCUCCCCCCCCCCCCUCCCCCAUCUAUUUUUAAAUGAUGGUUAUUUACCCCAAAAGUGUGGCUCCCCUCUCCCACCCCUAGAUAAACUACUGAAUGUUCUAAUUCUUUUAUAUUGUUAUCAGACUUGAACUAAAGCUUACAAAGAUUUUUUGUUUCCUAAAGCAAUCAUUGUGCAUCUUACACUUCUUUUCAUUAGCUUUAUCAGUGUUGUGAUAUUGUUGAGAGUGCUGUCCAUGUCAAAGUUCACCUAUCUCAUUUCGCAUGGCCCAUUAGUGUUUCCACUACUAUCUGUUAUGACAUGAUACUAUAGUCUUAAAGCUAAGGACAAUGAGUUAUAAAAAAAGCUAUUGUAGGAGUCAGUGGUUUGCUCCCUUGUCACCACGAGAAAUGGCUUUGAGAGCAUGGGUUUUGAAUUUCCAUUUCCAGGCCAUUCGCUUACAUCUCACCAGUGUCUUAUCGCCAUUUUUUUGUAAUCUUUUUCUGUAGCUGGGUCGGGAACCACAUUUUUUUGUCUAGGCACAAGCUUCCAGAGCGUGUUCUUGGUGGGGGGGGGGUGCUUUCCUUAUUUAUGUUUAGAAGUGGGAAAGGUCUUUAGUUUUGUUUGUGCAAUGUCUGGAACAAUAUGAAAACUCCAACUUGGACAUUCACGUUUUGGUAUUUACAGGAAUGCCGGCGAUAUGACUCUGAUUACUCUUUGUAAGAUCUGAAUUGGGUUAUAGAUGUAAAACCCAUUGACGUUAACCUUUGCCUUCUGAGAUCCCCCAUAAUAUCGACAAUUAACAUUUGCUUACUUACAACCUUGCAUUAUAAGAUUUCCAGCGAAUGAUCGUAGCCAAAGUUAUCACUGUAUUUCCCUCUAAAAUAUUUUUUAACCCCCCCCCCCCCCCUUUCCGUUCAGCACUUUGUUUGCUAUAAUUUAUAUCUUUCAACAUCGAGUUGGUGUGUCCCGUGCUUACCUAAGAUUGUAAACAUAGAUUUAUAAAUGAUUUCACCAGGGCAAUAAUUCAUCUGUUCCUCUUCCAGUGUUGAGCCGCGCCUUUACUGGAGCGUUCCGACAAUGCCAGUAGUUUGCAUUCUAGCGUUGGCCAGGGGGUUUCCUUUUAUUUCUGGCAUUUUAGAUUUCUGAGUGUGCGUAUCUUGAGAACAACGUGCGCUUUUCCCACGGCCAAGAACACGUUUAAAAGAAAAAAAAGUUCUUUCUGGGUCAAACAAAAAAUUAUAACAAAAAAUAUAAGAAAAUCCCAUGUCUGCGCCCCACUCACAAUAUUGAGUUUUUCAAAACAGUAAUGAUCCCCCCCCCUUUUUUUUUUNUUCUUUUGGAUUUCUCCAAGGCCAAGGCUGCUUUAGAUUUAACCCAAUACAUGCACCUUGUUUGUGUUAACCAAUGGCACAUUGAAGCAAUUUAUGGGGUAAAAUAUAUUUUUCUUAAUAAACUGUGUUUUGUGUGUGUUUUUUUUUUUUUUUUAAUUUUAAAGAAAUUCACGCUGAAUUAAAAAUCGGAAAAAAUGAAAUUGUAGUGAAAGAAAAGCAUAUCUAUAAUAAUAAUAAUUAACACAGGGCGAUAGAGCACAGCGGUGAGGAUGGCUUUGAGAACUGGGUUGUAUUGUGAUCUACCCGUCUUGAUAUCGGCAUUUGCUUCAUUGUUGCCAUUCUUAUCUGGAGCUGUCUAGCGCUAACAUCGAUGGUAAUCUCUCACAUCUACGUCUAUAUCUGCCUGUGUCUCUUCGCUAUCUGGGUCUCCCGGCUAUCUCGGGCGUCUUAGUGUUCAUUGAAAGCCCUAAUGUUAUCUGCUUGCCAACACUGGUUAUGUAGUCACGAUCUACCAAAGGGUUGCAUUAAUGCUUUGUUAUUAAAUGAAAUGUCGAUGCUCUGGCCCAACUCAACCGAUCUAUCGGAUGCAGUGCUGAUGCUAGUGUUGAUUUCUGACCACGAUCCACAUAGUUGUUUUAUUCAUUUCAAAUCUUAUGUCAAGAUGAGUGUUUAAAGGGAUUUAGCUAUUCGGUCUUAAAAUGCUAGCCUGACAACUUUCUAAAUUGCAAUGCAUUAGUAUGGCAUUAAACGUACUAGCAAUUUCAAGCGCGUUAAAUUAUGCAAGGUCAGCGCGUUCGUAUUUUACAAACAGGAUGUUGAAUUAAAAAUGAUUUCCUUAAUUUUUAAAUUGACUAAUUUUUGUGGUGAACGAUUCAUUUGAGAAAGAAGUGAAGAUAAAAUAUGAUAACACAGGAUGUGGUACAAAAACAUCAAUUUUAAUUAUUUCUUCUAGGAGCUCUAUUUGAAGUGACAGGAAUCUGCCUUUUAAAAAAUCCACGAAGUAGCAUCCAGUUGGCAUAGUUGGUGCCUACUGUAAUCGCAGCAGUCAAAACACAGGUCGACCACCUCGCUAAUGUAAAAAUAAAAGAACCAUCAGUUUACCCAGACAGUUGUGGGUACGAUAACCUCCACGGAAAGUAAGCCUCUAGCUGCUGGGGAGGGGGGGGGGCAGCAGGCGGUGUAGGUAAAGUCUUAACAGGACCGAAGUAUUCCUUUUUUGCUUUGGUCUUAGCUUUUAACAGAAGCUGCGUAUAAAAGGUGUAGGGUUUAUGGCCAUAUAAUAAGGAUUCCAGAAGUUUCGUUUUAUGUAUGCUGCUUUCUUACCAGAAGGGGAUCUUCUAACUGGCUGCUUUUAAUGCAGACUCAUGCCACAGACACUCAACACCAUUUCCCAGAUUUUCUUCCUCCCAUUUCUUUUCUUGUAACAGUAAAAGCUCGGGAGUUUUUUCUUUUUUUUUCUUUUAUAUUUAAAGUUUGUCAUGACCUACAUAAAACAAGUGGGGUUGUGUGAGGGGUGGGUGGCUGAUGGUGAGUUUGGGGGGAGGGUAGUGCGUGCCCGCGUCCGUUAUUACUGAGUCACUUUCUCAGGCGGGGGAAGAUGAGUGCUUAAGAUAUCGCUGUUGGUUUGUUGAUAUUGAAUAAACAGGGUGAUGGGAUGAAUUGAAAUAACGCAGUCAGUCUUGUAACCGCAUGGGUACUUGGUAAAGGUUGGAAAGGGUCGUUGUCGUUAUUUGAAAUGACAGUCUGUAACCACAUGGGUAAAGAUUAGAAAGCGUUGCUGUUACUAUUUCAAAUGACAAAGUAAAGCCGUAAUGCGAUCGGGAACAAGUCCAGUAUCUCGUUAGCAUCAGGUAACUUUGGCCUCUCAAACCAAACCGCCCAAACGGCCGGAUGAGGACCAUUUCGAUAGCCGCGACACACCUGCUCAAGCUAAUUACGUCAUAUGACAACGUUUUGCAUUAUUACAACCUGUUACACUGAUCUCUUUGCUUGGCCUCACGUGGAUAUGCACUGCCAGCAUCUCCCUUCACAACCAUCCCCGAAUGAUUGUUGGAGGACAUUUAGUUACUGAUUGGUUCAUGUUUAUAUUGUAUUUCCUUGUUCAUAUCUUGUGUUCACAUGUUUUAUCAUUUGCCCCUAGAACUAUACUACAAGCCAUCGCCAUUUCGUGUUCUUAAAAAAAAAACCCAAAAAGCCUCUGGACGAAGCCUAUGGGUUAAGGAUUAUUUUCUCUGCUGUUUAACACGACAGUAGCAGAUUAUAAGCGUUGUGGAUCAUGUUCAAAUUGUAAGAACUGUAAUCACGCUGGAUGUGAUCAUAGAUUGGCUAGCGCCAUAACAACAUGAGAUAAGACUCACAAUACCUUCCUGUGUAGGGCGCGUUAAUUGAUGGAUUAUUCAGGUGGUAAUUCACAAUAUCACUAAUCCAAUAGAUAAAUCACCUCUACCUACACAGUGUGGCCUCAUGGACUGGUUGUGUUGUGAUAUGAACUUCAAGGAUUACUUCAAAAAACGAUUGAUCUACCGCGUAGCCAGUGCGUUAAAAUAAAAAAAAAAUAAUAAAAAAAAAUAAUAAUAAUUUCAUCAACAUACACGAGUAUUUUGUUUAAAUGUGUAUACAAUCAAAACUCUGUUAAAUAAAAAAAAGAAAACAAAAAGAAGAAGAAGCUGUUUUGAUUUUGCUGCUUAGCCCUUUCUUGUAAAGGGAACCUAUAGGCUACACCGGCUUCUAUGGAGUUGGGCUAAUAACUGUACUCACACUAAUUGCCCUGUGCCUAACUAUAGAAGUCAUGGAUGUCUGCCAGGCAUUCACUCCCACACCGCCUGGGCUAGUUGUAUACACUCCUCCAACUGUGCUAUAUUUAUAGAGUCGCCUUGCCUUGAUUUCCUGCCGUGAUGGCAGCAGGUCUCACAUGACUAAUUACACACAACAGAUUUAACAGAGACGCGUUUCAAUGGUCUGACGAGGCUUUGACAAAUGUAGACCACAAUUCUUUUUAAGGUGUCCAGAAAUUAAUCCACCCAUAAAAACCAAUUCAGGUGCCGCCACCACUGAAACUACUUAAAUUAUCCCUUCGGUUGUUGCCAGCUUGUUAUUUGUUUUAUAUUGCAACUUACCCGUGUAAACUUUGCAUUGAAUUAAACACACAUUCAGAUCCCUCUGUACUUGCCUUCCAAUAAUUAUACGUUUUAUUGCCCACAUGCUGGAAGUGAAAUUUAAAUUUCUUAGACCCCCCACACCAACCCCUGUGCUUCAAAGAAGAUCCCAUCUGUAAUCAAAGAAAUAGAAAUUUCACAUGCAUUCUGAAAGCGUGUACGAAACGGGCAGUGUGAAUGACCACUAACACGCAAUGUGAAUGACCACCAACACGCAGUGUGAAUGACCACCAACACGCAGUGUGAAUGACCACUAGCAUGCAGUCCUUAACAUGUUAUUUGUACAGCGAGAAACUUACCUGUCUUUUUACCUGUCCUAAAAAAAAACAAACAAACCCUAUGCUAAUUUGUACUAGGUCAGGAGGCUGCUGUUGACCUAGUUGAUCAGCACCUGGUGAUCAGCAGGUUAUCUCUGUCGUGAACCGGCUGUUUCCCAGUACGAUCAUGAAUAUAUUUUCAAAUAGUUUAUCCUACAAGUUGGUUGUUGUCGGUCAAAGUAUUGAUUACACCUACUCUUACAGGUAAAAAAACAAAACAACAACUACAAUUUGCUUUUGGGCUAAUUAGAGGUUGCGUGUUUAAAAAAACAACAACAUUUUGUCCCGCCCCACUUGUUAUUAAAUUAUAAUAAUUUAUAGACUUAAUUUCCCUCAAGCACAUUACAAAUUUGUCGACAGAAGAAAAUGACUGGGAGAAAUUCCUGGUAGCUUGUAUUCACAGGGUAGCCACUGUGUCCCAAUCCAAAAAUUUUUAAGGACCCUGGAAAAUAAAGAUGAUUAUAAUUUGUAAUGAACAUUUUAAAGUGAUCCCAACUAUCGCAUUUUUAGGAGCUCAUCUACAAAGCCAAAUAAGGACCCUGUUGUGACAUUGUUGUCGCAAGUAGUUGGUCUAUAACACAAUGGGACAAAUUCAAUCAUGCUUUAUUUAAAUGAAUGAAAGCAUUCCAAUCUAUAUCCCCCUCUGUUAUAUGUCUAAUACAAAACAGUACCAUCAGUUUUAGCCCUAAUAGUUUAAAAAAAAAAAAUAGAUGUAUGAAGAUUUAGCAAACAUCUCAUCGGGAGUUUCAGUACAUAAGGGUUAACUGGAUAUGAUGAUCUAUAGUUUAAUAUCUUAGUAUGUUGGCUAUGAUAUUUAGGUAUGGGCCGUUUAUUAUCUGUAGAAACAAAUAAGGGAAAGGGGGUAGUCUUAUCCCAUGGUUACGGAGGUUCUAGAAACUAUUUUUGUCUCUUCUUUCUUCUUCCACGUUUAAUUUAUAAUAUCCCCCUUUACUAUAGUAAGAUGUUCGUUUGACUUACGGUGAAUACUAUCCCAAUCAAUAAGCCGAGCUGUCUCAAUUUCUCAACCUCGGUAAACAAUAAAAUCGUUUUUUUUAUUUAUUUUCUCUAAGCUGAUUUGCUUAGUGACCUCUGCAUUUGAAAAACAAUAUUUAAAUGGAUCAACGGCCCGUCGGGCUACUUACUGGCCGUCACCAUACGACCAUUUCGUUAACCUUGCGUAAAGGUGUGGAGUUAGCUAGCCGAUAAGCGUGGGGAUAGAGGCACCAUUUGUCACUGUGGCUUUUUUUAAAUGUGAAAAAUUAUUUAUUUGAAUAUUUGUUAAAAAAUUUAUAUAUUGAAAAUUUUUUACCAUGUGUGUCAAUUUUUCUUUCUAUAAUCCUCUUUUACUGGUUCAAAAGGACCGUCACAUUUGUACAUAGUCAUCGCAGUAUUUUACAGGAUGUUUUGUGAGCUUAUCGUUAUCCAGUGUGGCCGUCAAAAUAAAGACAACUUGAGUAUUUUCAACAUUAACAAAAUAAUAAUAUUUUCUUCAAUUGCUUAAUUAUAAUAAGUGUAGACGAAAGUAUUCGCUGGACAGAGUUGCUCUGCCCUCGAGUAAAGGUUCCUGCUGCGGGAGUUUGCUGAUUGUUUUAACUCGUCCUAAAGAGGAAGUUUUGCUCCGUUCACCAAACAUUAAGUCUGUUGCUUCAUGACAGUUUGUGUUAUUCACCAGUCUGAAAAGGGUGUUCUGCUGAUACUAAUAGUUGUCUAAGAAAACUGGUCUUGUUUCCCACGUGUUAACAAGUAACGCAUUGAGUGUCAGGCCAACCUUUACUACAAUAAAAAAUAAAAUAAGAAAAAAGAAUAAAACCCUAACAAAAACGUAAUGCCGGUGCUGCUGGUCCAUGAUGGAUGUCAUUUUUAUGGGGUCGGGUAAAUGAUGGGAAAGAAGAUGAAUGGAGGAGGGUGGGAUGGAUCACGACGUGGCUGAGCAGCUAGACGUAAGCAAGUGCAGCAAUGCCAUGGCCAUCUUUGUCUCUAUAAAUAGAGGAGAAACAAAACAACACCCUGCCACUCGUAGCUAUACUAGAAGGAUUUUUUUGUGGUCGCUAUUUUAAAAGUAAUGUGAGUGCACAUAAAUAUGCUGAACAGACUUUGGUGCUUGUAACUGCUAGCUUACCUCACAAUAACUCAAACCAGUCCCAUGUCCUACUGUUUCCUCAAACAAUGGCUUACAAUCACUUAAACGAGCCCCAUGUCUUACUAAUUGCACUAUCAUAUCAAUCAAGUGGAGCUAUGCCCCUUUGAUCAAUCCAGUGGAGCUAUGCCCCUUUGAUCAAUCCAGUGGAGUUAUGCCUCUUUGAUCAAUCGCUUGGAGUUAUGCCUCUUUGAUCAAUCACGUGGAGUUACGGUGCGAUUAAUUAUACACAGUUCAAAGAAUGCUUCUGGUAAGAAUUAUAAUCGAUUUCAUGGGAGGGUAUGUGAGAUGGUGGUUGUUUAGCAUCACCAAAAAUACUUAACUAAGUGAAUAGUGUCAAAUGUCAUUUCAAGAAUGCAUCUUAAUAAUUACAAAACAAACGAGAGCAAGUAUAGUUAAAAUCAAUGUAAUGUUUCAUUACUGGUGUGAAUACAAGAAAGGUGGUAUGACGGGCGUUGUUAACAUGUACAACUGAGUUAUUUAAAGGAAGUUAUGUUUGUGUGUGUAGAGAUAUAGUUGUACGAGUACUUUUUUUUGUCUCGCUCAGAAAUAUAUUAUAAACUAGAGUAUUUAGUGUACAAAUGGCAUAUAAAAUAAUUUCAUAAUAACAUUAAGAAUUUUAAAAGGACGCAAUAGCAUAUUCUGAAAAUCAAAUGCUGCUCUAAAGGGUGCCUCUCUUAAUGUUAGUUUCAGACAGACAUACGGCGGGCAUAUGAUGAACUGUUUUAGAUUUUGUGUAUCAUAACUGCCACUUAACUCACUGCAGACGUCACUUUAAACGACUCGACUCGGUGGGGUUAUUCGUGAGCGGUAGAUAACUUAUUGUCCUGGGUUUUCACGGUACAGGCACAAGCUCCGCUGUGAGCAAAUACUUAGAGCAAACAUGUCAUACACGCCUAGGACCGAGCCGCACCAUCCUUAGAUUGAAAGCGACAAAAGUUUUACGCACGUUAAGACGACGGGUUGUAUUGGUCUUUCGUAAGGUGAAACCCCAGGUAACUUGCGUCUUCCGUAAGAUAAUACCCUAGGUAAAUAAGGAAUUAAAAAACAAAACAAAACGACAACCAUGUCCAGUGUUUUAUGAAUUUUUGUGUGUCCAAUCCCGAAUGUUAAAGUUUCAUCCAGGAAGCAUGAGCACUACGUGUUUCUUGUUGUAUAAUACAUUUGUAUAUUUAUCGUUUGGUAUACGGACAUUGUCAUGCAUAAACAUUGUCCUCGAGAAAUUUCACCUGAUACAGUGACAGCUUCAAAGUUUAAAUUAUUUAUAAAAAAAAAAUAGAGUGUCUUAUGUGCACAUCCUUAUUAUUUUUUUAAGUAAGGAAAUUAAUGGUUUAAUAUUCCGCUGCCAGAUGACGGUGGCACAGAUGAGAAUAAAUGGGAUUCAAUUGUGGCUGAGAGGCAUUGCAGCUCAAUAAAAUCUCUACCAGGCGCUUGUCUGCCGGCUUUAUUAGUCAGUCACUACCACCCAAUUGUAUGUAGUCUUCAUUUGGCAAGACGUUCAUCACGAAACGUACACUUCCCAACCUUUUUGCCCCACAUUCCCGCUGAGUAACUGAAAGGUUUAAUGCACCCUGCCCCCUUUCCCUAUCCUCUCUAGUAUUGCACCCCGCCCAACUUUCUGAAAGGCAAAUACAUUUCCGCCUAGAUUAAAUGCACCCCCCCUCCCCCCUUUUCAAAAAAACAAAUUGUAUAAAAAGUUAAAAAUUUUAAAAUCUUGAAAUCCCCCCCCCUCCCCCCGGCUGAAGGUGUAAAUUGUAUAAAAAGUUAAAAAUUUUAAAAUCUUGAAAUCCCCCCCCCCUCCCCCGGCUGAAGGUGUUGUAUUGCCCCAUUACUUGAUUCUUUGUAUAAACCUUACCCCCCACCCCACCCCACCCCCUAUCAUUUCCACCGUGCGUGACGUAAACUAUUGACGCCCCCGUCGUCCCAAUGUGGCGAAUAAUGGGAUCAGUAAGAAAUCAUUGUCCUAACGAAAGGAAAUAUUGAUAUCCCAUCACCCGUAGUUGAGUCGCUGGUCACUAUACUUCUGCGGUAGAAAUGUUAGGACACUGGUGUUGUAUAAAUGUAAGGGCAGUGGUGUUGUAUAAAUGUAAGGGCAGUGGUGCAGUAGCAAUGUUUAAGCACGUAAAAAAAAUCCAUGAGUAGGAAAGUGGACCUGGUUUUUUUGCCAAUGAGGAAGUUCACAUACAUGUUUUAACAUAAGGCUCCUUCGCACGUUUUAAAUAGACAGUGUAUGUCGCCAUAUUAAAUAGGCCGUGAAGCGGAACUUUGUAAGCGUUGAUUCCAGUGCCGAUUUUUUCCUCCCAACUAACCAGUUUUUGUUUUUAUAGAUUGUAAUUGUUGUAGAAUUUCUGUCUAUUUUUUUGGUAACAAUGGUAAAACUAUGUUUGGUAUCAAUGUUAAAAUUAUGUUGUGGUCACAAUGCUACAUCUAUCUUUGAUAACAAUGGUAAAACUAAGUACAGUUCAUAAUGUUUCCGAUCGAGCUAGUGACGGAUGCCAUACUCUUUUACUGUUGUCCCACACUUCAUUAACACCAAAUUUGUAUCUGGUGCCAUCAUAUUAAUAUUGCUAAUGGCUAUUGCAGUAUGUAUGUAUAACAGUUAACCACGGGCGAAGAAUUUAUUAAAAGCAGUUAGGAGUGUCUUGAAGACAAAACGUCGUACUUCUAAUACAGAUUUUAAAACAUUCUUUAUAUUACUUCGCUUUUGUGUGUUCUUUGUGGCAAAAUUUUCUGAAGGCUAAUUGACCCACUUGCCGUCAUUAUAUCGAGCAGAAACUGAACUUAGCACAUAGACUCGUUGUCGAUAUCAUCACAUUCUAUCAAAUUUUCAGCCCCACCGUCCAAAAAGUAUUUUUUUACUGUUUUUUCAAGGGGGGGGGGGGGCUGGUGUGUAAUGAUUUGUUCAAUAGAAGCAUGUUAUGGCGUGGGGAUAAAUUGUGUAGCUGUUGCUAUGUGCUUUUAUUUGUGACGGAUUCGGGUAUAAAUAUGACUAUUUCUUUAGUCUAUUAGGUUUUACAUGCACAAAGUUUGAUAAAAAUCAUUCCCAUACCAAAAAUCAAUCGCUACAAUCACACAAAUGAUUAAUCACACACAGUUACUUAAAUGAAGAUAAAAAUGCAUUUAAAGGAGUUUUACAAAAAUACUUUGUUUUUAGGGGUUGCUUAAUUUAGAACAAAGUACGUAAGCAGUUCGUUCUGUAGAUUAAAAGAUUCGCUGACCGCACUUUUAAUCCUGUUACUUUAAUAAGUUCAGUGUACUCUGUGCGAACAUCAGUGUUCAGUGUUUGAUGACCACAAGGGAUAAUUCUACUUACUGAACUGAUUUUAACAGUUUAAUUUUGAUACAUGUUGACCAGUUCGAAUUUCUCAGCACUGUCACACUAACGUCACUAAACAGUUACAGAUAUUCCCCACUUCAAGAGGUAAUUUUUUUUUUGCCCUACUGAUUUACAUCUUUUCCCCGAGACCACAUAAUCACGUGUUCCUUCACAUGCAUCAUGACAGGUUAAAAAAACAAGUAUAUAUAUCAGACCUGUUUACUCGUACGAUUUUGGCGUACAAUGUACGAUUUUGAGGUGUAUACAUUAUAUAUCCUGAUGUUUAUUUUACUAUUAAGAUAAUAUAUUGAUUGAUUUUGUGAUGAUAUUGUACGAUUUUAAGAGUUUGAGGGUAAACAGGUCUGAUAUAUGUGUGUGUGUGUAGAGAGAGAGAGAGAUAGAGAGAGAGAGAGAGGGGGAGGGAGGGAGGGAGGGGGGAUAACUGCGUGGCUUUAGUUAAAAAUCUGGUUACGGGAAAAUAUCUAAAGUUAUUACUAUGUCGAUAUUACUAAUAUUAGUCUGGGCGUGGACUUUCUCACAUGAAUGCUUUUUAACGCACGAAUAUAGUGGCGUAAGUUUAUAUAUAGACCUCAGUACUUUGGUUCACUCCAUUAUCCAUUCUACGAAUGUAAGCCUGGCAUUUAAAUGUAUGAAGUGGUAGUAGUGGUGACGCAAUUUUGUAUGAAAAGUCUUAUUAUUUUUUUCCCCUUUUAUUUGUAUAACGACAUUAUUUAUUAUGAUCUUUCCUGUGCAGGGUUACGUUGUUUUCAUAUGAAACCGAAGGGAAAGUUUGAAACAUUUCUCAGACUCAUAAAGUAAUAUCUUAACAAUAGAUUAAGGAACGGCAUUCACUAUUUAAAAAAAAAAUUUUAGUUUUACAUGAAUCCUGUAGCGCAUGGUGGAUGACAGAUUCUUGUUAUCUUUUACCAACAGCAAAGCAACUCAAUUUUUCUUUGAUCAUUCCAAAAAGUAACAAAGGCUUUUUUCCUCGCAAAAAAACAAAAAAAACAGUUUUUCAAAAGAUCCCACCUUAAUUAUUCUAAGAUUGCAAUAAAGAGCUUAUUGCCUGCAUACGAUCUGCCAUGUGAAUGUGCCUUGAAAGGGCGUGGCUUAUCACAUGACAUGUAUGAUUUUGACAUUAAAAUAUCGUUUAUUUAGGAAGUUAUGAGUUUAGUCCAGUGUUCCCACAUUUUUUAGCCCCGCCCCUCCCCGCUCGAGCACCUACAAAUGAUAUAAUGUCUCCCACUCUAUUUUAUUAAUAAUUUUUUAACUAGAAUGUAAAUAAAAUAAAAGAAAUGCAAUUUUUCAUUCUGCCGUCAGAAGGAUUGAAAUUGAGAUUUGCUAUCUGGUAAGGCUUCGAGUAUCACUGUUUUAAAAUAAAAUUUACAAAGAGUGAAAUACAUCAGUAUAAUUGCUUUAAGGAAUUGGUUCUCAACCUUCCUAAUGACGCGACCCUUUACUACAGUUCCUCAUAGUGUUGCGACCCCCACCCACAAAAUUAAUUUCAUUGCUACUUCAUAACUCUAGAGUAUAUGUGUUUUCCGAUGGUCUUAAGCGACCCCUAGGAAGGGGUCGCGAUCGACAGGUUGAGAACCACUGCUUUAAGGGAUAAUAUAUUUGGGAAAUUGCAAUAAAUAACAAACUUUUACAAUGGUUACUAAAAAAUAAAUGUCCUCUUUAACAUCCCCACACCCCAACUGUUAAAAAACCAUAAAUAAAUACAUUCAUAGCUUAUAUCUUGAAUGCCACCCAACAGCCCAAAGGAAAUACAUAAAAUAAACAAUUAAUAAAUGAAAAAUAUAUUAAAUCUUUUUUUAAAAAUCUGAUUGUCCUUCCCUGCCCCUUGCCGGGAAACGCUGGUUAAGGCUAUACCCAAGUGUGUAAUGUGUGCACUAACACCCUUAUGGGCCCCGUAGCGAAAGAUGACUGAGGUAGUAUGUUGGGUUAACGAGCUAUUUCAAAAUGAGAGUAUUUAGUUUCAACUUUUCUUUGAGCUAUAAUGCUGUCAGUAUAAACCUCUCUUAGAAUACCAAUUUGUACCCACCAGUUAUUGUCCUUAAUAGAAGAAUCUCAUUACAUUUGAGGAGAGUAAUUUGUAGUGGAGGGGUGGUUUGAUAAUUAAACUGUUCACUUUUUUUUCACCCCAAUCUUAAAAUGAACAAUUCUAAGAAAUAACAGAACCUAUUAAGAGCAGAAAUGAAUUAGAGAAAAGGUGCUUUGAUUCUUAGAUUAAAAUGUUUCAAAGAUUCCCACAAAAUGUAUAUGUUUUACUCUUGUCAAAGUCCCCAUAUGUAAUUAAGAUACACAUUUAAUGACUUGAUCAAGAUAGUACAACACCUUAAAUACUUUUUUAAAUUGGAUAUUACUAUAUAAUUGUUUUUUUUUGUAAGCAGGUGCCAUGUGUAAGGGUAAAAUAUGAUAUUGGUUAUACAUUGCUGAAGCAAAAAGUAAUGGUAAUACAUUUUUAGGCAGAACACACAGUACACACACACACACACACACACACAAACCUAGAAGUUCGAGUUCUAAUUUAAUAACAUCCUUGACAUUUUAUAGUCUUUGGUCGUAUCAAUAGUGUCUUGCAGAGCAUAUUUCUCCUACAUUGAUACCCUGUCUUUAACGCAGUCGCAAGCCUGUAGGCAGUAACCUUACAGUUCAAUGUUGCGGUUUAGUUUUUCCCACUUGCUGGGUUAUCUCAUCGCUCUGAACGGGGGCAGGCGACUUGAAGCAUUUUGACAUAUUUGCAUAACCUGGUAAUUAGAGCGAGACUCGGGUUGAUUCAGACAUUUUGCGGAUUUUUAAAUAAUGAAGAGACGGGCGUCGGCUUGGAGUUGUUCAGUACGUCGGGGAAUUUCCUUUAUAGUAGUUGUGUAAGUACUAGGGUUUCUCAUUUGGGUGGCCCCAGUAUUGUGAAGGGAGUUUCUACUCUAUAACACACACUACUAAUAGUGAGCUUAAUGCCAUGAACAUACAAUAAUUCUUGACCAGAAUCGUUAGUAAUCAAUGAUUACUAAUGGUCAGUAAUCAAUCAUGAGUAAUGAGGAGGUUGUUCCCAGUAAAGUAACCAAUGACCAAAUAAUGAUGAGGUUUUUUCCACUGAAGUAAUCAAUUACAAAAUAAUGAUGAGGUUGUUCCCUCUGAAGUAAUCAAUGACCAAAUAAUGAUGAGGUUGUUCCUCAGUGAAGUAGUCAUGACCAGAUAAGGACGAGGUUGUUCCUAGGCCAAUCGUUAAAAUGAAUUAAUGGUGGAUCAAAUGGUAUAUUUUAAAGAAAGUACAGAGGUUCAUGGUCGGGUUGCCCAUUGGGCUAGAUAGGCAACGUGCCCAAGGCCCUUAGAUUCAAGGGGUCCCUGUCCUCGUCUUGAGAGACUUCUCGCAUUGUCGUCAUCUUUUCAAAGGCUGUGUGGUUAUAUAGAUAUGGUCCCUUUUGUUUUCCGUGCUCAGGUCCCUAAAUGGUUUAAUUGGGCACUGUAGAGAUAUCCCGCCUAGUCUUUCGUAAUGUACCUUACAUCUUCCGUAAGAUAAUACACUAGGUAAAUAAGGAUUUGCCACUUGUAUGUGAACCAUGUGUGGUUCUUCCAUUACGGGUUGUCAUUUGACAAGUGAAUAGUAUCAGAAAAUUCUUUAUUGCUAGUGAAGGCCGCAAUCAUCUUCUUAAGGAGUAUACAGUGUUAAAUCACAAAUUUGUUUGGGUCAUCAAUAAGUUUGAGUGGGCUGCUCAUCUAGACAACACUACACGCCUAUCCAAAUCAGGUUUAUAUCAUGGACCAUGAAUGAGUUUCGUACGUCACACUCCAUUAAGUCUAAAAGAAGUAGCCGAAUUUUUUCUGACUACCACCCAUUCCUUAUAAAUAUUUAAAAAAAAAAAGUAGUCGAUAACAGCCCUUGCUACUUCUCAAUCCAUUAACUCUAAAAGAAGUAGCCGAAUAUUGCCCCGAUUUUAGCCACUUCUUCAUUUUAAACCAAUCCUCGUUGUUGGUUCACAAUUAUAAUUGUUAUAGGUGUUCGAUUGAAAAUAACAUAACCCGUUGUCACCUAUCAAUCGAUACUCGUGUGUUUUAUCUUGUCUUACCUGUCUGAACAGCCCCUACACUAUACACACACAGUUCAAUAAUACACAGUCGGGUCACCAACCCUGCACUCUGCUGAGACCAGGGGUAGAUAAUGUGAUAGAUAUUACACUGUAACAUAGAUAUUGGGUCAAGCUUUUUGUUAUUGUAAAUCAACAAGUCAAGGUUUAUGAGGGAAGGAUGGUGGGGAACCCCACGUGCUCUUUCUGUUAUUGAUACAUAUGAACUAUCUGAUUUGACAUUUUAAAUCACAUGCGAUCAAGUAUUGGACUUGAACGUAUUUUCUAUCCCAAAAAGGCUUUUUAAUACCAUUCAACGUAAACUUUAAAGAAACGGUUAACCUGUUUAAUUACCGCGUGUUAGUAAGAGUACAGUCAAAUAUGUCAUUGACGUUGGCUUAUGCUCAUGUGUCUCAACGUUUGUGCACUCCCCAGACCGGCUUCCCGAACCCCGAUGACGACGGCUAUGAGAACGACUGGCUGAACACAUUCCUAGAUGACCCGGUGCUCAAUGACAAGAUGAUGACGGACGCCAUGAACCCCUGCAUCAAGUCUGAACACAGCUACAGCAUCAACGACAAUGAACCAGGAUCACCACUGGGAGGCCUCGCUAAUCACGAAGGUAAGAGUGACUCUCGUCUAAAGGUGAAGCAUCGCUAAUCACGAAGUUUAAGGGGGACUCUUAUACUUGAGAAUAAAAUUCUUAAAAUUAAAAACAUAAAAUUGAAAAUCUCUUAGACAUCAUUGUAACUGUUUUUUUUUAAAGGGCUUUUUUUUUUUUUUUUUUUUGAGGUCAACUUUAUUGUCUCAUUACCUUUAAUAUGAUGGUCAGUCGCCAGCAAGCUGGAUAUCGAUGUGUUUUUUUUUUUUUUUUUUUUUUUUUUUUUUUUUUUUUUUUUUUUUUUUUUUUUUUUGAGGUCAACUUUAUUGUCUCAUUACCUUUAAUAUGAUGGUCAGUCGCCAGCAAGCUGGAUAUCGAUGUGCACAUGAACUGAAAAGCAAAGAGAAUGGUUCAAAAUUGUGUCAGGGUGUCUCAUAACCUCGGGGCGACUUUUUAAAUUCAGAGUGUGGGAAAAAAAUGUGUGUGCAAAUCAAAGUGAGUCGCAAGAUGCAUGACUUGAUGAAACUUUUAGGUCAGUAAAUGAGGUGGUUCCCAGACAUGCGUUUUGUCCAUGCCAUUUGGCUUACUAUUGCAGGAAGCCACCACCAAAUUCCCCCCCCCCCUCGUGCCAUCACCUAAGGCUGGAGUGGGAGUGAUGUAGACUUAAGGGGUUAGAGUAUCUUUACCUACCCACUAGACCACUGGGAAGUUUUCCGGCGUUUAAGCUUAGGAAACUGUGCAAGAGGGGGUGGGGGCUGGCCAAGAGUCUCAGCUGGGUCAUCUGUUGGCAGAAGUCUUAAAACUAAAGCAGCAUAGCCUGAUAGUAGUAUGGGUGCAGACGAUGAGGUCACCAACCGGGGAAAGAACAAGUUUUAUUUUUUAUUUUUACCAUCUCCGCCUGUUUCUAUAGUCUUUACAUGCCUAUGCCUCAUGUCUUUUUUCAAUAGCCCGAUUGGUCCCCUCACUCAACUCCUUACAGCAUUUCAGAGAGCAACCAAUACCCCCACCUUCUCAGCCAGUCGUCUCCAAUCCUAAUAUAAUCAUAUGGUUUUUCAAUACUACUGCUCGUUGCCCAACAACUGCUAUGCGUGCACACACACACAAAAGCGUUGAGUUUCAUCAUUAUUGGUCCUGGCCUAUCUCUCACGUCAUGCUGCCUGUGGGGCCUUGCCUUACUAACGUGGGUUGUGUUGCGACAGCUGGUACCCAAUGGCCUUUAAUCAGCAGAAAUGAGCAGCCACGACGGUCAUCUGGUGGUGCAGAGUAUUGUAUUGUGGUUUCGUAUUGAAAGUAAUAUGUAAGCCAGAAACGAGGAUAUAGCGCCAACUUCUCAGCCUCCUUAUGUGGAAAGUUGGUGAUACACGGACACGAUCUUAUUACAUUUCUAACCACAAACCAUCUGUUUCUGACGAUGUUUUAUUUAUGACACGAAUAAAACCUAUCUAAGCAAUGAGGAUACCCUGUUUAAAACAUCAAGGGAAAGGUCUAAUCACUUUAAAGGAUAUAUCUCCCCGUAAUCACAUUUGUCAUCAAUACAAAAAAGUAUCCUUAAUACCGCGAGUAUCCUUAAUGCCAAGAGUAUCCUUAAUACCGAGAGUAUCUUUAAUACUGAGAGUAUCCUUAACAAACUUAAUAUUGAGAAUUCCUUAAUACUGAGAUUAUCCUUAAUGCUGAGAUUAUCUUUAUUACUGAGAGUAUCCUUAAUACCGAGAGUAUCCUUAAUACCGAGAGUAUCCUUAAUACCGAGAGUAUCCUUAAUACUGAGAAUAUCCUUAAUACUGAGAAUAUCCUUAAUACCGAGGAGAGUAUCAUUAAUACCGAGAGUAUCCUUAAUACUGAGAGUAUCCUGAAUCUGCUAAUGUGAAUAGUAGUGAGAUGUAUGACGACAUUCUUAUCAAAAGAAACGAAAUCGACCUUAACCGGUAGGCAUUUCCGGAAAAGGUAUGGAAUUCAUGUUUGUACAGUAGACUUUUAUAUAAUCGUCUUAAAUUUCAGCUCAACUAUCGAUAGUUUAGUGUUAAAUCUAAUGAGGCAAUUCCAAGACCCCUAUGGCUGUAUAACAAAGCCGUGUUACUGCUUUAAGCAGUUUGACGAAUUUAUCAUCCCCUUGGCUUCUUGUGUUUAGACAGGAAGUUGUCUGCACAGCAUCUGUCAAAUGUUUGGGUUCCUUGGCUGCUCACGUGACAAGUUUGACUCAGCUGGUCUGCACGGAUAUGUUGAAAUUUAGCAGUGGUUGUGUAUUUCUGUCCGAAUUGUUUGAUAGAACGUAACAUUGUUUGUCAUGGACGGCUUCAGCCAGACGAUAUCUGAUAACCGCUUGUGUAAAUUUAGGGGCUCCCAAAUCUUUCCAACAUACAAGUGGUAAUAAUAUACAUACAUAUAUAUAUAUUAUGUUAGACAAGAGCUGACCAUACCCGGCUUUCUCCGUUUCUCAUGUAUUUUAACUUUUCUAUAUCACCAUUACGUUCCUCGUAGUCAGGGUUUCUUUCAGCUAUAUCUCCCGGGAAAGCCAAGUGCCCUCCCCCCUCCCCAGAGCAAAAAAUAUGUCCAAUAAAUCAACUGGAACUGCUGUAAGCCAAGUGCCCCCCCCCCCCCCCAGAGAAAAAAAAAAUGUCCAAUAAAUCAACUGGAACUGCUGGCCCUGCCCCCCCCCCGAAAAAUCUGAAGUGCCCGCCCCCCGAAAAAUCUGAAGUGCCCCCCCCCCCGAAAAUCUGAAGUGCCCCCCUCCCCGGGGGGGGGGGGAAUUUCUGAAAGAAACACUGCUCAUAGUAUUGAUCAGAUUAGUUACAUCAUUUAGUUCAAAUUUAAUUAUGGGUCAAUAGAAGUCUCAAACUUUUUCUACUCAAAUUAAACAUAGUUCUAGCUUUGACUAAACCCACUGACAUUAAAAUCUUUAUAUAAAAAUAUUUCCAUCAUGGGUGCUUAAUCCUCCUAUUUAUGAGGCCUUACACUGUCUAAGAUCGGAUGGAGUGGAAGUGGUGGUGACCAUAUGAGGUAGACAAGAGGUAUUCCGAGUUGCCCAAGUAACGUAGAGACUAAAAGCGUUUAAGAAACACAGUAUAAACACCGCUGAUGUCAACUUGAUAAAAUUGCCAUGUUUUAAAAAUGACUUUAUUAUUAUUUUUUUUGGUCUUUACCUUUGCUGUAUACUAAAUUGUGUUAAUUUAGAGAAAAGUGAGUCAAAACACUACUGAAGUGAGCUAAUGAAAGGGCCCUACUGACGUGGCCUACUAAUAUCGCUUUCUACAACAGCACGUCAUUGGUGAGGUAUGCAGAACGUUGGGAAAUGUGAGCGUUUCUUUGUGCGUCUGCCAUUUCCGUUUCGUCUGGUGCAACCUUCUUUCCGCUGAUGAGCAAGCAUGAGUUCAUUAGUUAGAAUGUGGUUUACUGUGAGUCUCAGCAGGCCUGAAUUGUCUAGGGAGUGAGACAUAAGUGCAUCUACUGCUUUGUUGAGUUUUGUAAAGCGACACAUUUGGUCUCACUACUGGUAUUUUCUUCAGUCAGCUUAAUAAGGAAAUGAUGUUCAAUCGAAAUAAGUCAAAUAUAAUUAAGUAGAUAUUUUAGAAAGCCCAGUGAAUCUAAUUUAAUGUAUCACAAACAAGGCUCUCCACAGUACACCGGCUAUACAUAUUGUUUUUUAUUCCGUUAGAAAUAGUAAAUUCGCCUAAGGGUUUUUUACAGAGACAAUGGUUUUCAAGUCAAAUGUCUGGGCGAACAGGGCUUUCCAGACAAAUUACCAUAUGCCCAAACAGGGUUUAAAGUCAUAGUCACGGAUUGUCCUCUUCUGUUAACGAUUUCAAAGCUUCGGAAAUUCAGGAGACGAUAGCAAUUCAGCAGACAGAAAUCGGUUGCAUUCGCGACUUCCUUUACUUUUGAUACCAUCGAGAUACCACCGAACACACGGGCAUCAUGUUUCAAUGUGACUUGCGUUUUAAGUGUGCCCACGUGUGUGUCGACACGACUCCUGACACAUGAAACACAUAGCAUCUUUCUCAAAUGUGACUUGUGUAUUUGUGGCCAUGGGUGUCUGCUUGAGUACAAAUUUAAGAAGCAUUCUGAGAUGUGAGGAAAAUGUAGUCUCGUGCCAUGAAUAUCUCCCGAGUCAGGUUCCGUUUGAAGUAUGUUAACCUUAGGAUCUCUUGUUUCCCAUGGGUUUAACCGUUGCUAAUUAGUUUUUAAAAAAUAAUUUCCUCCAGUUGUUUUUUUUUUGUUUGUUUGAAAACAAGGCGAGUCAUUUUAUUACGCCACAGCUUUAAAGAGAAUGAAAAGAACUAGUUUAACUACCAUACUUUACACAAUAUACAUCUCAUGCAUUCAUGACAUUACUUGGGCCGUCCAAAUUUGAAAAAAACAACAACCUGGGUACCCGUCGACCCACGCAGCCGGGUAUCCGACGUAGCAGGCGCACGCUUAUAAUUGAUAGGAAGUCGUUGGGGUUCACCGGUUUAUACAUUGGAAUAUGGCAACGCCGCUCAUUCUCAGACAUCUCUCAGUCAUUUCACCGACAUCGUGAUGGCGCCCUUUAGGCAUUUGAGUUUGGCCUAUAUAGCGGUGGUCACCAACGCGCGGAAAAUGACUAGAUUUUAAUUAUUAAAAAAAAAAAAAUCUGUAAUGACGCUCAAACAAUCCUCCCCUGCCUGCGGCUACCAAACAGUUUUCUUACGUUAAAAUAAUUCAAUAAUUGCUCCCCACUCACUUAGGUCGCCGAACCAUGUACAGAGUAGUCUGUUUGUGCGGCCAACUUCUCCGUAUGCAUUGUCUUUCGUUGAUCACAUUCCCCAUAAAAACGAUUGUUAAAAUGUAGAAACGUCUCUAUUAGGAGCCAUGGCUUAGUUUUGAGCAUAGUUAAAACUCUGUAUUGAAGGACCGUGGUCGUUGCUUCCCCAUAUAAGCAGUCUAGCCCACAGCCGUAUGUUUUAACGAGACGGCCACGUCUGGUUUGUCCUACGGUCAGUGUACCCACACGGCCAUUAAUGGGGGGGACAGUGGAGUUUACCGCUGUGGUGGAUUUGUUGUAAAACAUUCUAUUUUUAGGCUAGACAACCGGUGUGCACCGGGGGUGUUAGUCUGACAUCCUUGGCUGACAUCCUAUUAGAUUUCCUCGAUGGUUUAUGGUUUUGACAAAUAAUGAUAAUAAUAACCAAUAAUAAACCAAUAUAUUUACAAUUUAAAGUGUUCAGUGUUUCUGGUACUGUGAGGUCCCCUCAUAUCGAUCCACCCACCCACCUUAAGACCUAAGUCAUGAUCACACACAAAAAAAAAAAUGAUUUGUACUCAGUCUAAUUUUAUGACCAUCCAUGCAAAUGCAACCAGAACUAUCCCUAACAGGCAGCAACACCUUGUAUUUGUUUCAAGCCGAGUCCACCCAACGCAUAAGGGGAGGUUGGGUGGGUGUCCCGGCGUCACUUCUUGGAAGGGACCACAUUCAAUUUUGCACUACCUAACCCAUCGUGUUCAAUUUUUGUAAGAUGAGGUUGUAGAUCGCCUAACACAGGGGCGGGCAUCCCCUUUUUGUGCAGAGGGCCGCAUGUAAAUUAAGUUCUUUGUCAAACCGCGUGCUCAUUUUUAAUAUUCGUCAAAUACGUCAGUGACGAUGGGCUACGAAGAUGCACGAUGAGUUCAGUUUGAAAACAACCAUUGGAAUAAUUUUAAAUUUGCUGUAAUUGUUGUUAUAACAGUUCGACAAUUUUAAACUGAUUAUUUGUGUCCAAAGCCUGUCAUAAAUAAUCAGGAUAAUUAUCCUCCAUUAUUUGUUCCGUAAGGUCUAGCGGAUCCCAUCAAACGUUUCAGCGGGCAUUAGGUUUCCCACCCUUGGUCCAACUGAAACAUCGGUCUUGGCAUGUCUUAGAGAGCUUGGAAUAGUGUACGAGUCCAGUGCUCUAGGAGAGUAGUUUGAGACGGUGUAACCUUGCCUCGAGACUACGACUUGUUGAUGAAUAUCAUUGCCACCCGCAGGAGGUGGUGGAUCGUGAGUUAGUGGGAUAGUUGCGCUCUCAGUGGUGUCCUACACAUUCAGUGGGGAUAAGGUCGAAAGACAUAAAAUUGACACGGAAGGAUAUUUUCCUCAAACACCUGGGCAGAAUCCGAUGCUACAAUAAAACGUACAUUAACGCAACAUGUCUGCACCAUUAACGUUGAAUGUACCAGCGAUGAUGACUAUAACCGAGGUAAACAGUGUACGUGGCGAGCUGGGGUCAUUUAGCCAAUUGCAUUGUAUGUAGCCUACUAGCCAGCUCACUGGUACACUUCCAAGAUUUCUUUUGUUAAACAAACUUCGAUUCUGUAACAAAGUAAGGUUUGAUAGGACUGUCUUGAUUGCAGAGAUAAAAACUCAUUUAAUUAUUUCUUAAAAUUAGAAUUUAAAUAACCCGGUAAUCAUGCUGUGGUGUUUUUGGAUGUUAAAUUUAAACAUUAAUGAUUAGGCCUACCGGUACUUAUUUUCAAAUUCUGAUAAAUUAUCUUUAAUACAACAAACUAUAUUAUUCAGAGAGGAAUUUAAGCUGUACAUAGUCUUCUCAUUCUUGGUUAUGUCCAAUUUAUGACAAUGGUCAUUUAUUUGUACAUGUUCAUAGUAUUUAUAUUCUUGGUUAUGCCCAGUUAAUUAAAUAACAUUUGCCUAUUGCCUUGCCUGACUUCAGGCAAAGAAAAUAAUCAAAUUCCCUAAAGUGCAUACCAUUUAUAGAAACCAAUGUCUCCAGGAAUUCGAUUGCUGAAAGAAAUAUCUCAAAUUUUGUUAUUGAUAAACAUAUUUUUUUAUAUAUAUUUCAUGUGUUACAAUAUUUCCUGUAAACACAAUUUGCUAUAAUUUAUCUCAAGAUUGAACUUCAAUAAAUAAAGAAAUUUUAAAUAAAAGCUCAGUGCAUGAAUACUUAAAAGUUUAAUCUUGUUACCAGUAGGUCAUAUAUUGAAUCUAUUAUCAGAAAUGGUUGAGUACAUGUUGCCAUCAAGUUUAGCAGCUUAUUACUAUCGUCAACCUUUUUUUUUAUUUCCCCUCUUUUGUACAGACAUGGAUGCAGACAUUUUCUCAAACACAUCUGCCCUGGACCUGACCAUGAAAACAACAUCAGCCAUCAAGUGUGAGACAACCAACCCAGACACAUUUCUGACCGCUACGGCCACCACCACUUUACCAACACCUACAACAUUCAACAUCACAUCACGGCAGCCAACCAUCAUUGUCACGACCACCACGGCGGCGUCCUCAGCAUCCACAUGCGCAACAUCAUACUUCACAGAGACCCUGAGCUUCCCAUCCAUCCAGAUAAAAGAGGAGCAAGGGGAAUGUUUAGAUCAAGUUCAUGAACAAACAGGUGAGACCUCAAAAGCAUUGUUUGGGUCUUUUUGUUUGUAUAGAUGAAGUUCAUGACAAAAACAGGCAAGACGUCAAACCUAUUGUUUUAGUCAUUGUGUUAUUGUAGAUAAAGUUCAUGAACACACAGAUGUCCAACCUAUUGUUUGGGUUAAUUGUGUUGCUGUAGAGCAAGUUCAUGAACAAACAUUUUAGACAUCAAACCUAAUGUUUUGUUCUUUACCUACAAUGUGCAGAAAUGUAACCUCUGGUCAGGGGCUGGAACUUUACCUCAUCCAGUCCAUCAAGCAGCUCUGAAGGGGCCAGUCCAUUGUUUACCAGUUAUAUAGAUACAUUGUUAAAAUAGGCCAGUUACAAUAAUAAUAAUAAGAAGAAGAAUGGCUGGCACUUUAAUAUUUUGGGACUUGCAUUUAUAUUUUGCUAUCAGCUAGUUAGGCAUGAUCCACCAUAUAGAUUCCAUGUCAAAAACUCCAUAUUUGUGCCAUAUCAAAUGAUGAGGAAAGCUUUAUGGAAGUUAGUUCAACAGAUGGCUAGUAAACUAUUUCAUUUGGUCAAUUUCAAAAGGCUCCCCACUUGCAUAACACAUCACACAAUCUAAAAUAAAAUAAUAUUCUAGUCACUCUUGGGUACCACUCAUAACAUUUAUGCUAUUAUUUUAUGUCUGCAUGGCUGAGCCUUUUUACAGUAUGCAAUGUACACUGUUUAACUUUCUUUAUUCUGAAACCAUCCCGUCCCCUGCAAUGUACACUGUUUAACUUUCUUUAUUCUGAAACCAUCCCAUCCCCUGCAAUGUACACUGUUUAACUUUCUUUAUUCUGAAACCAUCCCGUCCCCUGCAAUGUACACUGUUUAACUUUCUUUAUUCUGAAACCAUCCCAUCCCCUGCAAUGUACACUGUUUAACUUUCUUUAUUCUGAAACCAUCCCAUCCCCUGCAAUGUACACUGUUUAACUUUCUUUAUUCUGAAACCAUCCCAUCCCCUGCAAUGUACACUGUUUAACUUUCUUUAUUCUGAAACCAUCCCAUCCCCUGCAAUGUACACUGUUUAACUUUCUUUAUUCUGAAACCAUCCCAUCCCCUGCAAUGUACACUGUUUAACUUUCUUUAUUCUGAAACCAUCCCAUCCCCUGCAAUGUACACUGUUUAACUUUCUUUAUUCUGAAACCAUCCCAUCCCCUGCAAUGUACACUGUUUAACUUUCUUUAUUCUGAAACCAUCCCAUCCCCACUUUUAUUUUUACACAAACACACACAAAAACAAUCUGACCAAAAAGUUAGUUCUAAUCAAGUGUGGGAAGAGAGACACAGAUAUCAAAACAGGCAUGUGAACCGAAUGUGUUUAUUCUCCUCAGUCUUAGAACCGAUCUUGCUGCCACCAACUCCACCAGGCAGUUCUGGCAGUGACAGUGAUGGCAGCCAAAGUCCACAGCGCUCUGCCCCCUGCAGCCCCAUCAGACAAACCUACAGACACUCAUCAAGUUCACCCCUUUCUGGGAAACCUUACAGCCAACCUCUGUUCGUCAACCCAGUAAGUUCUAGUCAAGUCUUUACAUUACUGUCAAGUUUAUUGUCUUUACAUAUUUCUACGGACCACACCUUUCAUUACUAGUGUAAUCAUCUGUAGCCAGUCAAGUAAAUCCUCUUUCACAUAUUCCCUUCAUGUGAACAUGAAAAAUAGUCUUGGAUUUCAUGUGUUUUUUUGUUCAAAAUGUAAUAUUCUGCAGAUAUGAAUUUUAUGUUAGUUGAUUUUGGAGAUAUAGCAGCUAGGGUUGCCAACUGUCCAUAAAUUCUCACACGGUCCAUAAAAAAAUUGACAGAAAAAGACUAUUCCUAAAAAAACUCUAAAAGAACUUUUAGCAUGUCUGUAAUAAAAUGGGAUGUUCUACAAAUAUCUUUUGAAGCCAAACAAAAUGAGAAAGGUCUGUGUUUGUGAUGUCUGCUUGCUUGGUUUAAACUGGUGUGAUCUUAAUCAGGAAAAAUUCAACACCAAUGAGGAUUUCCAUACUAUAGUUGUGUCCCUUUGAUGAUAGAAACACAGUCAUAUAUAAAAUAGAUUUUUUUCCUACAUUUUUAAUCAGCCCAUUGAUGGUUGUCUUUUCCCCAGUGCCUAACACACAUUGAUCUCAACAAAUAUAAGGCACUCUCUAGACUAUUUUAACAUUUCAUUAAAACAAAGGGAAUUUUGAAUAACUUGACAGCAUCUACUACUGUUACUACUAUUGGUAUUAAGUUGGUGAAAUUCUGACAAUGACAUAGGUAGAACAAGUUAUGUUUAAGCUUGAAUCAGUAGACAGGACCACAAGAUGUGAACGUUUCAGCUAGAGCCUUUUUUCAGGAAAAAUGAAAAAAACAACAGAAACAGAGCUCAGAAAAAAAAUUCUAACAUGAUUAUACACACAUUUAGAGGUAAGGCCAAGUAGCUGGAGGUGGUGGUGUUUGGUAGCAAUGAGAUCACUCAAGCAGGAUAAUCCCUUAAUUCUCUUAGCUUAACAGCACCUUUUCCUUAAGUCAUUGGUGAAACACUUAUCUGAUAAUUUAAAUGUCAGUUUAGGAUGUUUUAGCCAUCAUUAAAAUUAUAAAAAAAUUAGUGUCUCAACCACUGCAGGGCUAAAUUAUUAAUCUGUUGCUAUAUUUUAACUGCUUUAAUUUGGAAUUUUUAUUAACGUAUAUUAAUAUAACAUUAUAAGAUAUUCUUAGUACUCUUAUGGUUAAUCUUGGGAAGCUAGACAGUGUUGUGAUGCAAUGCAAAGCAUUUAUGGCUCCUCAAAGCUAGAUACUAUUGAUUAAAACUAUCUGGCCACAAUAUCUCUUAAGUCCCAUGCAUGUUAUUUUCCCCCACUUCUUUUUUAACUGUUUCAUUAUAAUACCUGUAAAGUUUGUAUUAAAACUGUAUUAUGAGGGGAUUUUCCACAUGACAUCCGUUAAGUGGGUUUGGUGGGGGAGAGUAAGGCAAGUCUUAGAAUUGGGUGGGUGUGUGUGUGGUGGUGGGGGGGGGGGUUGUUGGAUGUCUUAGUUGUACCCACUGCUGCCUUGGUUGUCUGGCCCGGGUGCUGCCUUGGUUGUCUGUUCUUAAAGGCUGAAUACCCAUGAACUAGGCUAACUGUAAUGAAAUGAAAUACAAUGAACUUGCCCGUGUGUUUAAAUAGCGAAUCCUGUUGACUGAAAUAGCCGUAGGGGUUGUGCUGUAGGAACUGCCGCCGGGGAAUCAAUGGAUCAAGCUGUCUGUCAACUCACAGACUUUGCUACAUAGAGUUGACUGUAAUGGAGCUGACCUAAUGAAGAGGCCGAUAUUUUUAUCUCACAUCACAGCUAAUCAAUAUUCUGCUAGUACUGCUAAAAAUAUUUUCGACACAGGAAAUCCCAAGCCUUGGCAACUAAUCCCCCAAUUUUAUUAACCGGGGGAUCGAGAGUCUGGACUGGGUAUCACUGUUUUAAUAUAAAUGUAUAUGUUUGGCAAGAUUUUCAUUUGUUUUAAAACAUAUUAUUGAGGACGUUUGUCACCUAUUCAACAUAUAUACGUUUAUUAGCUAGAGUGAAACAUUAAUACUGUUCACCGGAAGGUCUUUUGUGGGUCAGAGAAACGUUUCGUGGGCCGGAUGAGGCACCCGGGCCGUAGGUUCCACAUCACGGCAAUGACGGGAGAAAAACGAAAUAGUCCCAUUUCUUGAUCUAUUCAACUGUAAGGCGUCCCAGUCACAUUUGUUCAUCUAUUAAACUGUAAGGGGUCCCGCCCAAAAUGCGCAGGUAAUGUGUGGACAUAAUCCUUUACUUGAGGGCGUGAGAGAAAGGAGACAGAUCAGUUUGCAGUGACUGGAGGCUGGCGGUUUGCGAGCCUUUGGUAAAAAAUGCAGGGGUUCUUAACCAGGGGUGGUGCCACUUAUCGGGCGGGGUCACGUAAGUUCCUUAAAAUCAGGUUUUUAAAACUUUUUUAAAGUAUUUAUUAUCGCAUUGGGCCAAGUGGUAAAUAUAGUUUAAAUUCGAAAAGCUUUUCUGGAAAUGUUUUAAAAUCAAGAGGGGUUGCGGUGCUAGGAAAGGUUGAGAACCCCCUGGUCUAUGGCGUCAUGGGGCAAACUGGCGGGGGUCUCUUUUAACGUUUGAGAAGCGUUGUCUUCCUCUGAUUGUAAUCAUCUGUAGCCAGUCAAGUAAAUCCUCUUUCACGCCGCCCCUUCAUGUCACUUUCUGCGAGGAUCAAGACGAGGAAACGGCGAGGGUUUCGCACAAAACCUGGCGGGUGUGACUGUGUGUGUCGGGGGGGGGGGGGGGGGGGGGGUGUGACAUCCCCUUUAAAAAACAGGCUUAUGUCGUCUUGACAUUCCUCUGUGUUUCAAAGAAAAAAAAAAAUAGACCCGAUAAAUGGAUCAUGUCUAGAUGCCCCCCACCACCACUGGUCAUAUUUAUGGAGUAUAAAUUCACGAGAGAGUAGUUUCCAUAGUUAACAGCGAUGUUCUCAGCACAUAGCUAAAUAUCUGGAUCAUAAUUGAUUGUAAUUGGUCAGAUAUACGUGGUCAUAAAAACAAAGGUUUAACCUUUAAACUAAAGAUAUGGCUUUGUAUUUGUAGCAAAAGUAUAUAUUUGUUCAAUAGUGCUUUUAAAAAUUUAUUAUUCAAAAAUUGUGUAACAUUAUUUUGAGGAAGUUAGAUCUAUUCAUUUAAAAUUACGAACUAAUAAAUUGUGAAACAGAUGACAGACGAGAAAAUCAUGUUGGCCACGUGAGGUCAGCUGAUAAGAAAACUUGUGCAACAGACUCACGUGUUUAUCGGUAACUAACUGCACUUGAUUUAUUGAAUGCAAACUGGCCCCGUUUACAUUACUUAUAGUGACAUUUAACCUAUAGAUACAUCGUUUUCAAUCCAAUCAAAACUUGUCUAACUAUGAUAAAUAAUGUGUGCAAUUACAAUAAACCUAACAAAAUGCUGUCUCCUACAAAAUGGCAUUGAGUUUCCCCUGUAUCCAACAACCUGAUUUCAAUUUAUGCACUUCACUUUCUUACCAUCGUGCCGGGAUUAGGCAAGCGUACCUUGACCUUUGUGUGAACCAGAUGAAGCCAACAGAUUUUCUAUCUAUAAUAUUCUAUACCAGCGUUUUCAAACACCCCCCCCCCCCGGGGGCCGCAUUAGCUCAAUCGUUGAAAGGCCGUCACACAGUCAAGUACAUUAGUAUCAACCAUCAUCAUCAACCUGCAUAUUUCUCUCUAACAACGUCCGUCAGUGACGUCAGUGACGCUUAGGUUAAGUAGCGAGCAAAAUAAAAUUCCCGAUAAUUGCGCUAAAUGAGAUUCUUAAAAAUACCAUGUGUUCCAUGUGUUAACGUGUGUUCCAUGUGUCAACGUGUGUUCCAUGUGUUAACGUGUGUUACAUGUGUUAACGUGUGUUCCAUGUUUUAACGUUUGUUCCAUGUGUUAACGUGUGUUCCAUGUGUUAACGUGUGUUCCAUGUGUUAACGAGACCACUGUUGUGCUCGUUCGAGUAAACACAGACGUCACAUUUCUAUCUGCCCUCUUCACUCCACUUAACCAAAAAUACUCAUUAAUGGGACUGUAUCCAAAAAUACCCAUUAAUGGGACUGUGCAUGCACAUAUAUAGGAUAGUCAUUUGGAGCUUUGUGUCAGUUUUUAGUGAUGGGCACAAGUGCCCGCACUGAAACACAUGCAAUAAAAAACCCACUCUAGACCGUGGCAAUGCCUCAUUUUGGCGUAACGCUUUAAAACACUUAAUAGACAGUUGAAACUUUGACAAAAUUAAUAUUUGGGAAAAAAGUAUAAAAUAUGGGAUUUAUGUCAUGGGUAUGAUUUGUGCAAUCAGAUGUUGAACACACGCCACCUCAGAGUAUAAAAUGGAGUUUUGGGGGUGGGGUGGGGGGGGGGGGUUGUUACUGCGUUUUCUCAACUCACCCAGCUGUAUAUUGCCAUGGCUUAACCUCAACCCCCUCAGACGUACCUUAUUUGGGAAAAAAGUAUAAAAUAUGGGACUUAUGUCAUGGGUAUGAUUUGUGCAAUCAGAUGUUGAACACACGCCACCUCAGAGUAUAAAAUGGAGUUUUGGGGGGUGGGGUGGGGGGGGGGGGUUGUUACUGCGUUAUCUCAACUCACCCAGCUGUAUAUUGCCAUGGCUUAACCUCAACCACCUCAGACGUACCUCAGACUACGCAAGUACCUCAGAUGUACGCAAAUGUAUCUAACAUUCAACCCAAUAUUCAAUUAUUCCUAUAUUGUCCUCUCCCUACAUGAUUGUCAUAUGCCGGGCGACUGAACAAAGAACAAAUGCAAACACAAAUGUUCUAUUCUCUGACGGCCAAACACACAUUUGAAGAAGGCGGCACGGAGACAUCGUCGUGAGGGAUCAUCUGGGUCAAGGACACUCAGAAAUAACAAGACACAUAUAAGCGCACAUGCCAAUGAGAUCUAUAUUGAGUAAAUACAGACAUAUUUAUUGCUACCCUACUUAAUGAUUGUGGAUACCUAGGUUUGGACUCAUUUACAACCAAAUGUCGGAAAUGAAACCUGAUUUAUUUUUUUUUUAAUUCGACAAACCGUUUGAAAACCAUUUAUAAAAAAUAAGAUCUAAUAUUAGAAUCGCUUUUGCUACGAGUUGUUAUUCACGUAUGUGUAACACCCAAUAUAAUGAACAUGCGGCUUAGAGUAUGAUUGUCUCAUCAUGUUCCGGUUUUGUAUUUGUUCUAGCGUUUCUUAGCUUGUCAUGUACACUUUGUGAAAUUUAAGCGUUUCUUAGCUUGGCGUUUAUACUUACUAGUGGAGUUUUAGCUUUUCUUAGCCUGGCGUGUACACUUUGUGUACUUUGUCCGCGUUGAUUGCCAUCAGUCAAUCGAUGAGAUCUCAUCCAUUUGGAUUACCCAAGGCUGUCAGAACUCUCGUGACUGGGUUAUCCUGAAUUGACUAUCCUGUCACGGUGGUACUGUCAUGGUUGUCCUAACUGGGCUGUACUGAAAGGGGGUGUACCCUCUGGGCUGCGUGCUGGCACUGUUGUCCUUACAGAACUGUCUUAACUUGGCUGGGAUGUACUGACGUGGCUUUAAUGGGCUAUUAUUUGACGGAGACACCAAAAUACGGUUGAAUGGGUGGGCAGCCUAACUACAAGACGCUGUUUCCGAAACAUGCACUGUUCAUAAGUGGGGUCUACUAGAGUCUAGACCUACUGUGUACUGGCAACAUCAUGUCCGUCUCGUUCACUACUUGACUUUAUUGUUAAGGGUCGGACGGGACUAGAUUGCCAAUGUUCUCUGCGAAUACUGUUAAUAAUAUUUUUUUUAAGGAAAAGGGUCAUUAAGGGAUAACUCGGUUACGCUUCAGUCAUACCGUGUGCAUUUAUCCACAAUUAGGUAAAAGAUAAUUGCUAUGUAAAUCACUAGUGCGUGGGGUGUCACGGGCGCUAAUAGCUUCUAAAAAAAAUCAACAACAACCACAUUUCCCAAGAACUUUAGCUACCGGGUAACUUUUAAAAUGCAUUUAGUAAGAAAUAAUGAACGUAUUUGAGUUUUUCUUUGUAUCAACAAAACUGGUAUUUUAUUGUAUUUUACGAGACUCUGAGUUGGGUUUAUGAAACUUCAGAGUUUAAGGGACUUCUUUCCUAAAUUAAAUUGUUUUGAACAGACGCAUACAUGAAUAUUGAGCAAGCAUAUUGAUCCUCAUCUUUCAUAAAUAGUUACAGUAAACUCUUGUAAUAAAAGGAACCAUUUGUUUUAAGUGACGUGUCAUAAAUUUAAGAACAGUCAAAUAUCCGCGCCCCGACGUAUUUUAAAACAGAAACACAACCUUACAAGCACAGAACAUGGUGCAAUGUAAUAAUCUUCUGCACAUAGCGUCACAUGACGUGUUUCCCAGCGUAGCAAGUAUAAUAGCCUUGUACAAGAUGGCGUGGUCCAACGAUCGUUGGUCGUCAUCGGGCUCUUAUCAUGGCUUAGUCCUCCCCUCCCCCCCCCCAAACCCCGUCCCCCAAGAAACACAGACACAUAGUUUUUUGUGUGUAUGUCUAUCUUCAUAUGAUUUUGUUAGCCUAAUUACGUCCUGUUAUAUCCUACGAUAUCAUUUGGUUUCAUGAACUCAAGCAAGUUCAUUACUGCCAGGAUGACCAUGAACUCAUUCCUCAAACAUUUUGUAUAAUAAAAUUAGACCACCUAUGGUUGUAUUGGACUGGAACUAGUAUACAUUUAAACAAUGAUGGUCUGAUGGGUAGGGGCAUGUUUUCCCUGUCUUUUGACACUAUCUCAAAAUUAACAAAUGUCACUAUACUGUCACAUGUUUGGAUUUUGUACAGUAUGAUCUUAUUUUACUCCUGUGCUUAGUGUAUAUGACUGGUACUAACUCUGAAUAUGUACAUGUCUUUCUGAUUCUCAUCAAACUUAUUCCUAGAUCAUGGUACUUGAUCCCUUCAGUUUUACAACUCCAGUUGGAGAAUCCUUACCUAGGUUGUAUUGUCUCAUUUGACACCCCCACCCCCUCUUUUACUGGUCAAAUUCAUUGACGGCUUAUCAAGACUUCACUGAUAUGCACUAACAUCUCCCUUGCUAGCAUUGUCGCUAGUGUCCCAUAGCCAAACUAACCAAUAGUGUAUGCAGUUGCUCUUUUAUUACUGAUACAAUCCAUCUCUCCAGCAUCUGUUUGACUCCACUGGCUCACACACAGCAUCUGGCAUAUGAAUGCAGUGUAAUUGAAUAUCAUACAGUUAAAAUUGAUUUUUUUUUGGGCAAACAGUCCCAACAUUAAAUCAUUUCUUGGGGCAGAGAGAUUUAAUGAAAUUCAAGUUAUAAUUAUUAUUAAGAGGUUCCACAAUGCUCUUACAAGUGGGUAAAGCUGAAUUGUUCUGUUGGCAAGGGUUUAAAAGAGAUAUAAAAUAGAGACACUGAUUCAAAUGGCAAUACUGAACAAACUAAGAAUAUCAGAAUAGUGUUUAAAAUAAUCAAUCAAUAUUUCUACGUUUGAAAGCACACCUUGAUCCUUCUGAUGAAAUGAUUAGUCCUGACUGUGAAUUCAUGAACAAAAGAAAUCAGAUCUUGAAGGAAAUUAUUGAUUUUGCUGUAAGGCCAUAAUAAAAAUCUGAUUAUUUCUUGUUUGAAAUGAGAUCCCAGUUCUAGCAUGUCGGAAUAUCAGUGUGGAGAUAUAAUUAAAUCAUGCUACUGUGUUGUGUAACUUGAGUUAUGGGGUUCAAGACAUCAUAUCAUGCCAACAUCUGAGCAAAUGGAGCUUAAUGAUGAUUGAAGUUUUUAAAAAUCCAAUUAAUCUUCUUAAGUUUGCAUUUUGUUUUUACCUGGGAUGGAAUGUAAUGAUAUUUAAAGUCCAGAAUGUAAAUAUUAUUUUGUUCACCUGGGUCACAGCAAACCACUUGGGCCAAAGGUCUAACCUUAUACUGAACAAGUUUUUUAGAUUUAAAUUUUUUAUUUUAUUUUUACCUACAAUCAAUUUAUUGAUCAUUCUGGCUCCUGGUUUGAAUUCAGAGUUUGCCUUCUCUUAGAUGAGUUGCCGUCCAAUGCUAGCAAGUCCCAUCCACCCUUGAGAUGUUUUUGUUUGUCUUGGCUUUGGUGGGGAUUGAACUCUAGAUCACCAGCUAUUUGGAUUGAUUCAAUUUAGACUGCUCGGCCACCUAUCGCCCAGUUUGAGCAUGUUUUGCAUAUUCUAAGCCGGUGUUUCUCACAAUGGUGGUCAACGGACUGGCGCGGGCCUGCCAGUCUUACGUUGCUGGUCCGCACAGCAUGAAUAUUUAUGGUCUAAUAAAAAGAAAGUGUACUUAAUAAAUCUGGCACCAGUCCCUGAUGCAAUUUCCAAAUGUGUCCACAGGUCAGCAGAAGUUAAAAGUUUGGGAAACUGCUCUUAGCCAUGGAUAUGAAAAAAAGAUGAUUUAACAUUCUCUUUAUGUCAACUAAUUGGACACAAAUAAAUUUGUGUAAAGAAAACAAUAUAGGUUCAGCUUUAAUAAUGAUCAUACAGAAUACAUAUUUAAACGUUUCCACAAAAGCCUUCAUCAGUGCAAAAAAACAAAGAAACAUUCGUAUUUCGUAUAAGUAUAAAUUAAAUUUACAAAUAUACAUUUAUCCUACCUAAAAAUGGGAGAAAAGAAUAAAAGUGGGCGCAAGUCUAAAUUUCAAUAUUUUCGUUUUCCAUUCACUUUAGAUUUCCCAGUCUGGAGUUUUGAUACUAUCUGAAGAAGAGAAAAGAACAUUAAUAUCAGAAGGCUACCCCAUUCCUACAAAACUGCCGCUAACUAAACAGGAGGAGAAGAAUCUGAAGAAGAUAAGGAGGAAAAUCAAGAACAAGGUACAUUGAAAUUCUGCAUUGUCUUAUGGGUCGGAAGAUGCUGGUGUCAUAGUUUUUCCUGUUAAAUUAACUGUCGAUAGAUUCUGGAUUUAUCUCUAUUCAAGUUAACAAAUUUGUCUCAAAUGUACAGCAGGCAUUUAAUACAACUACAAAAAUUGCUGACCUAAACAUUUUAUCAUUGUAAAACUGCCGGCUGGACAGCCAUCUGUUGUGUAAGUUUCAUUUAAAAAGACACUCUUUAUUAAAGUUAAUCAUAUUUAUCACAUUUUUAUUUAUAUAAUGAUUCAUUUGUAUGUUUCUGUUGAUAUUUUUCUUUGAAAUAAAAAAUGUUUAUGUGAUAAAAUAUAAUGAGUUAACUUUUUAAUUCACCAGAUAUCUGCUCAGGAAAGUCGCAGAAAAAAGAAAGAAUAUUUAGAAGCAUUGGAAAAAAGGUAAGCUAUAUGUUUUUAUUGUAGUUUUUUUUAGCUCUCAAGAGGUCUAACACAUUGCAGAAAAUGUCUCCUAAUGUAUUGUUAAGAAUCAAAUGGAGAAAUUUGUGGCAUGUCUAUGACAGCUGGGUUACCCCUUGAUUGAUUUAUUAAAUGCUGGUGCGUGUUUUUCUCAUUUGUACCAUUUGUAUAACAUUAAUAAUUACUAGCUUUGUCUCACAAAAAUUAAUUUCUAAAUACAUUUUAUAAUAAAUAUUAAUUAAAAAGAAUUCGAAAAGUACUUAUUUAAAAAAAACAUUUGCCUCACAAUAUUAAUAACUGGCAAAAAUUAUUUGGUGCCUGUUAACAUAAAAAUCAGCCUAUCACAUUUGACUAACAAUUGUUGUUUUUUUGUUCUGCUUCAGAAAAAAAUUAUCACUGUUAGAACAAAUGUGAUUUUUAACUUUAGAAAAGAUCCCUAAAAGCCAUAUGCUAGAUUAUUUUUGAUGCUCUGCUAUGACAUCUCUAAUCGGAUGGUAAAAAAUAAUUUGCAAUUCUUCUUUAUCUAGAGUUGAAGCAUACAAUCAUGAAAAUAACGAUUUGAAGAAAAAAGUGGAGAAUCUAGAAAACAAUAACAGGUAAGCUAUAGAGCUACUCCUCUCUUGUAAUCGUGCUGGAUUUUUGAAUUGGAAAUGUUGUCUCUCGUGCUUGGCUGCCAGAACCUAUUUUCCUGACAUUUCAUGUCUUUAAGAUCUGAGUGUUCCCAAUGUUGGCACGUAGCAGAGGUGGCAGCCUUUUAAUUGUGCAACACCCUCAAUGUUUUUCUGUCCAGCAAAUGCUUUCAGUGAAACUUGUAUUGUUUGUCUUCUGUGGAUGGCUUGUAUCUGCUCAAAUGCAAAGGCAGAUUUUGUAAAUGUAAUCCAGGGCACAAUGAGUAAAGCACUGGAAGAGUGUGACUGAGAAUGAGAGCCCCCUUUAGCGUAACUGAAUGAACCAGUUGAAUUUAUAUUUAUGUAUGUGUCAUUAAAUCAUCUGUUUGGUCACUGAGGAUCAAUAUUAUAAGCAGUCCAUUGGUACUGUACAAUCUCUAAAUUGCAGGUUAUCACACAUACCACAAAGUCACAAGAAAUCUGUAAUUUAAAAAAAAUAAUAUUAGAACUCUUCUCUUCUGUUAUAGGUUAUUACUAGAUCCACUUUAGAAAUGUCAGGUUAUGUCACAUGCAAUUGCCUAGAUAGCCUUUAUACAGGCUGUUACAAAAAUCCAAUGUUAUUUUUUUUACAUUACAACUCUUCUCUUCUGUUACAGGUCAUUACUAGGUCAACUUCAGAAACUUCAGUCUCUGGUGAGCAAGAUGCCAAAAGCUGCAGCAGCCUCAGCAACUCAAACUGGAACAGCAUUGAUGGUCAGUGAAUACAAUGUUCAAUUUUUGUAUGUUGAGGGAGUCCUUUUAUUGCCUGUGCAACCAUGUAUGCCAAAGCAAUUGUAUGGGCAAUGAAGGCAUCAACUGAUCCACAUUGUUAAUGGUUGAAUCAAGUAGUUGGCCCUGUCUACUCUGGCAUUCAUCACUUGCCUGCUGGUGUGGUGUUGUCCUUGUGGCCAAAAGUAGGAGCAAUGAUAAGAGACUACCAUUUGGUUCAAUGGCUUUUUCUUUUUUUUACUAAGACUGGAAAGCAGCCCCCUGCUGCAAGUAGCAUAUUAAUUUCUGUGUGUCUUGUGUAACUUGGAGAUUGGGAUGAGGUGGGGGUGGGAUAAGGAGGUGGUGUUGAGUCUGUUAUCUUGAAGUGCUUGUUCCAGAGUUAGAGUGUCUGAGAUUUUAUGGGAUUGAAAUGGAGAAUACUAUUUAAAGUUUAAUUUUUAAAAAAUGGCCAUUGAUUUUAAAGGUCAAAAUGAUGCUUUGGCAAACAUGACUUGUCUAAAACAGCAGGAACAAAGUUUUAGACCUAUCCAUCUUUCCAUUGCUUUUAUUAUUUGGUUCUUAUUAUUUGUGGUGUACCUUCUUACAAUUUACAUUUCAAUUGACCCAUAGUAGUCUCUCACUUGUCUUUAUAUUUUAGUAGCAUUCUAGUCAAAUGAAAUUUCUACUGUUUCAAAGGAAGGGGGGUGGGGGACAGACCAAUUCAAUUAAGAAAACUUAUUGGUAUUGAAAAUCUAAACAGAUAAUUAUGGUUAGUGAAGACAUCCAUAGUCUUCCAUCUAUCAUUAAAAUAUUAUUGACAGUUACAUUUUUCUUCUGUCUAUGCUUCCAAGCAUUUUGUCUCUUUAUUUUCAUGUGGUUAAUGCAUUUUUCAUUACUCUGGGGUUUAUUUUGUUUGAACUAGGAUAUUGGAUCUCUCAAGUGAACAGUGCAAAAAUAAAGCAUAAAUCUCAAAUAAUCUUUCCAUUAAACAUCUUGAAAUAUUUCUCAUUGUUAAAGUACUUAACAAUGCAAAGGAUAAUAUCCUUGCAGAAUUAAGUGGCCUUAUAAUAAAUACAAAUGGAAUAGUUUCACUCGGGGAAAAAAUAUUUUGCACAAGGCAAAUAAUCAGUUCUAAGGCUGCUAAGUGUAUCAACAAAUUCCCUACCUUAAAAUAGUUAGGACACAUGUGUCAGGUUUGAAAUGAUUAUCUUUAAAAAAAAAAAAAAAAAUUUAAGUUCUGUUAGUAGCUGUAACUGUUUUCUAAAAUUACUGCUUUUUUGUCUUGUAAAAAAUUUUGUGAAGAAGAUGGCAAUGUUUAUCCUACUUCAUCACCCCUUUCUUUGGUUUUGAUGAGUGUCUACACUAAGAAUAUUUUUUUAGGGGUUGUGUUAGUGUACACAUCUUGUUUGGAUCAAACUUGAACUGUGUAUGUCAAAAAUCCAUAUCCUGUGAUUUACUGACACUGCACCUCAACUGCUCUGAAAGCCUACAUUUUUUUGGAGAAACUUUCUAUUCAUAGUGUAGUUAUUCAUACUGUAAGUUUGGACUGUGAUCAACUGACAACAGUAUUGCAGAAAUAAAUCUAUGCAGUGACAAAGUAAUUGGAAGGACAUCAGGAUUUAAGAUGCACCAGUAGCAGAAAUUUAUUUGGUAAUAAUGUGUUAAGGGAAAGAGAAAAUGAUGAAGGAAAAGCGUGGGGUGGGAGGGCGGGGGUGAGACAUGUCCACUCUAUUUCUGAUAACACCUCUAAAAUGAGUUUAAAGUGUUUUUUGGUGCUGCCUGAUAAAGCAGGUUUAUUGGGUUAGGAGAUGGGGGGGGGGGGGGGAAUAAGGGGGGGGGAAUAAUGGGCUAAUCUGUGAAAGAAAUCAGCAUUACAAUUAUGACACAGUUGUCAUGGCAUCCAUUGCUUUUUGUUUUGUUUUUAUUUUUUAUUGCAUCCAUUCAUCUUCAGUCGUCACAGCAUACAUUGUUCUUCAGUUGUCACUGCAUACAAUUUUCUUCAGUCGUUACAGUAUCCAAUGAUUUUCAGUUGUCACAUCAUCCAAUGUUCUUCAGAUGUCGCAGCAUCCAGUGCUCUUCAGAUGUGACAUCCAUUUAUCCUCAGUUGUCAGUUUCUCAAUGGUUCUAUUUUAAGCUUUUUUUCCUACAACCAGGAUUUGGUGUUCACAGAAAGUAUUAAUAAUGAAAUAUUUACAAGUCUCUCAUCAUUCUAAGAUUAUUCAACUUGUUGAGAAAUAAAACUAUGCACGUUAAUUCAGAGGAAUAACAUAUGUAUUCUUUUUUUAAAAUAUGAGCAAAAUCUCACAUAUUUCAUCAUCUUUUUGACAAAACAAUAAAAUGUGCUUAUAAGCCAUUUGAAAUAGAGAUGAUUGAGAGAAGCAUGGCAUUUGUGCAGCCACAGUUUUGACAGAUAUGUUUCUGGUAGUGGGGAAAUGGUGGGAGGCUUGUUGUGAGGAAGUGUGUGUCACUGAAAUGAGGAUUCAUGCCAAGAUUAAUUAUAGUGCACUUCCUGACUAAUGUUUUUGGAAAACUCUUGAGAUGUUUCUCAGUGCCUUUGAAUACAAUAUAAUAUUUUAUUAUUGUAGCCAUUAGGAUUCACAUAUAAAUAGCAAAAAGCUGCUGAGCUUAGCUGAAUGAAGUCCCUUGGUUUUCAUUCAGCAGAAAAUUGCCUAAAAAGUGUGUUUGGAGGGUGUGUAUGUGUAUGGGUGGGGGCGGAGAGAGAUGAGGAGAUAAAACAGUCAAAUACUGGCUUCUCUGGGGCUUAGUUUUUUUUUUUCUUUCUUUUUGUUAUUUUUAUGAGUGGUCCUCUCAGCAAGCUUCUCCUGUGUCAGUCUGACCUGCCUCCCUAAUGGUCUAGCGGCACAGUUCAAAUACCACCUCUAGACAUGGAAGUUGUUUAGUGUUUUUUGCAUAUGUUAAUUUUUCUUUCUUUAGCACCCUCACCAUUUUAUUGGCCAGUUAAAAUCUUUCACAUUUGGGUGAAUAUUGGGUUAGGAAUUAGAAGUGUUUGGUGGUGUUGGAUUUGAUCAAAGAUAUGCUCAUGUUGUGCAAUGUCACUAAAUCAAUAAGGAAAACAUAGAGAAACUUUAGACCUGGCAAUUCUAACAGAUGUUCCACCUGACUGUGCGCCCAAAAGUCACCUCUGAACAUAAUUUGUAGGCAAGUAUAAGCUCAGGUGGGACAAUGAAACCCAAGCUGAGAUAACAGAAUUAUGUAAGAAAAUGUCCAAUAACGUUGAGCUGAUAGUAGUGAUGUGCUCGGUGUUCAUUUUAAUCCUGUGCUAAUGGAAUAUUUUAUAGGUAAAUGUUUAUGAAAGCUUUAGUAGGAAAGUCACCUGACUUGUUGGGGAUCUUGUGGUGCCUAGAGUGUAUUGACCUUUUCUUAACCAAGGAGCACAUGAUUCAUAACAAAAACAUCCCUUUAAGUAUGUGGGUGAUAUUUAUCAUUUCAUUUUUGCUUCAUUUUUGUGACCAUUAUCAAUGCACCCUGUGGCAGGCAUGGCCUUCAAGCCCAAAGUGUGCUUACAAACAGGCUUUUGCAGAUAAAUUAUGAAACGGUGAAGAUACCAACAAUAGGGAGACUUUCACAAUGUCUCAGUAUGUUUCUCUUAUCUGGUGCUGUGUCACAGAUAAGGCGUUUGAAGAGAUUUUAAACUUCUGACUGCAUACAAGACACAAACUUUGUUCCCUGGGGUUGGUGACUCGCGGGUGUCUGGGACAUGAUGAUGAAGAAUGUACAGGAAGUUGAAAACCUGUUGGUUAUCGCAUAAAGAAAAGGUCAGGCUGUGAUUUAUUUCUGGUCAACUGAGAUGUAUGACCUUGUGUGCAGAGAUGGAAGACUGGAUGGUUUUUGUGCUGCUGGUCGCUGUUUGAAACUAAUUGGGAGAUGUCACCAUUGAGAAUUUUGUCUUUGGUUCUCAUUAGCUCUCAUAAAAACACUUUUUUUUUUUACUUGUCCUGUUGUUUUUUCUUUUCUCAUCAGUGGGGAAUCAAGUUUUGAUCUAUGUUUUAAAAAAUGUUUCUGCUUAUUUUUAAUUUUUUUUUGUUAAGUAGACUCUCAAACUAGACUGCAUCAUGAUGUUGAAGUAAAAAUUAAUUUCUUUUGUUGAUAGAUUUUCAUUUUAAAAAAAUAGACAGAAGCGGUUUGUUUUCUUGUAAAGGAUUUUUGGGGGGAUGUAAAACAAUCAGAUCCAUAUUAAAUUAGUCACUUGUUUUGUGUUAUACAUGCGCCCCCCUCAUGCCAAACAAAAAAAAAAAAAAAAUGCAAAAGAGAAGAAAAAAAAAAAUAAAUAAUGAGUGUUCUUUGUGCUAUCCAAUAUCUUGAGGACUCCCUGGUGGUGGUCAUGCAGUGGUGGUGCUGCUCUAACUUGCCUAGAAAACACAUUCACCGUUUCAGUUUUAUUUUCAGUGUACAGCCAUGUUUUUAUGGUCCAUGAGAUCAAUAGCAACAUGCAGGUGUUCUGUGAAGUAACAAAGGAAAUACGCAUCUCAUUUCUAUAGUCAAUAGCUUGUAUUUGAUCAUUGGACAGAAAUAGGUCUCAAGCUCCCCUGUGCAUUAGUUAAAGAUUUAUAUUCAGCAUACUCUUAGCAAUGAAAAAAGUUUCAUUAAAAGAAAUCUCUCCUAAUAUUUACUCUCAUUUUUAGUAAUGCUUUAAAUGUUAAAACCAAAAAUUAUAGCAAUGCACACCAAGUUGUAGCAUUGCACCACCCAUCAGGUGCCCCACAACUAUUUGACACACCACCCUCUAUCAGGUGCACCACCGCCCCCUAUAAGUGGUAAUGCCUAAGUUUGUUGUUGUAACCAUCCCAGUAACUAGUGCUUACCUACUUACUUACUCACUCCACCACUGCAGGUUCUUGUGUUUUGCUUUGCGGUAUUUCUGGGAAGCAUGUCACCAUCCAACCUAAAUAUUGGCUACGCCACCAAACCCCCUAUGCUUGGAUUUGUACAACCUGCUAGUGUGGUCUUGCCACAGCAAGAGAUGGGACCAAGAAUGAUGCCUGCUCAGGACACCUCCAAUCCGUAUGCCACUCCUAACAGUAAGUCUUUUCAUCACAGAAACAUGUUUCAAAGAUGAAGUACUACAACCACAUUUGGUCAGGUUACAUUUUAGAACAAUUGUAUUUAUUUAAAAGGUACACGCUCCAAGGCAGGGGUCUGAAUCUACAGUUAGGGCCACAGGAGAAUUUUGGAAGGGCCCUGGGCUUAUAAACACAUAAAUACAUCAUUAGGCUAUUUCUGAUUACAAUUUAUGACACAUAUAAGUUUGGACUGUGGCCCACAAGUCUGAAACCAUUGCAAACUCGGUAACCUCUAUCUUUUACCCUAGAUUUCCUUCCUUAAUCAGUAACAUUGGAGCUCAAUUAACUGAUUUUUAUUUUGUUUUUUAAAAAAAAACGAGGCAUAUUAAAUGUAUAUCAUUGAGAUCAUCGCAAUAAAAUGUAAGGUUUAUCUUUAGGUGAGGGCUAAAGGUGCCUAAUGCUGUUUUAUAAUUCUUGGAAUUUCCAAUGCUGAAAAUUUUCUAAAGAAGUUUUUGUUGCUUCUACAUAUUCAGACCUGUUUACUCUUAAGAUUUUGGCGUACAAUGUACGAUUUUGAGGUGUAUAAUUUAUAUAUACUGUAUGUUUAUUGUUUAUUAUUAAGAUAAUGCAUUGAACGAUUUUGUGAAGAUAUUGUACGAUCUUAAGAGUUUGAGGGUAAAUAGGUUUGCAUAUUGAAUAAUGUCACAUUUUACUAUCCCUACAUAAAAAAAAAAAUGAUUGAAACAAGCAAAACAGCUGUAUUCAAAUUAUCAUGUGCCUUUAAAAAGAAAGAAAACAAAUUUUAGGUGGGUCAAGAUAACAUUUUGUUGCCUAAGGCUCUAAACACAUGUAUUCUAAACAACAUGCCUGCAUUGAUGAAGUCAUUAUUAGUUUGCUAAGCCUUAGAAACAUCCAUGGCUUUAAAUUGAUAUAAAAAAGAAUUCUGAACACUGUGAAUCAAUGCUGGCCCCGGCCAACAGCUGUUUCCUUCAAUUGAACUGUGUUUGAAUUACAGGAGAGUUUCCAUCCUAUAAUGUGAUCAAUAUGCUAAGUAUAUUUUAAGUACCUGAACCCACACAACUGCAAACACACCAAAUCUCCAUCCCUAAUCUAUCAAGCCAGCCAAGGAUAUCACUGGGGUGUGCAAAUUCCCACACAUCAAUAUCACAAGCCUUUAUAGUUGCAAGAUGUUGUGAGGUAAAAAUUGAUGGAAACUUGAAUUAUGGCAACAGGCUGCACCAGGGUCAAUACUUUAGGGCUUUAAUCUGCAUAUCUAUGUUCUAAGUCUACACAGUAAAGUUCUACUGGAAAGCAGUUUAUGAAAUCGAGAUAAUAAGACACUAGCUCAUGAAAUAAAUGAUAGAACUUGCAUCAUUCUGUGAGCCUGAACAUGUAGAUUCACAUUUUAAGAUAAUUUUAGCAUUGAUUACAAAUGCUAUGAAUGCUACUAGAUGGCAUGAAAUCUGUUUGAAAAAGUUUUUUUAAAAUCUAGCAAUUCAAUUACUUAACACACACACACACAAAAUUUAAGUUGUUUUAUUAAAAAAUAUCUUUUAAUGUGCUAUUUCUUAAGAAAAAAAAUACUGUCUGCCUUAAACAAAAUAAAACCCUUUAUUAAUUAAUCUUUCUGAACUGUAAUUCUGUUUUUUGAGGGCAAGAAUAUUAUAAAUGUAUGCAAAUAUAUACUUUCAGUGUCAGAUUAAUGAAAAGAAUUAAAAAUAAAGUCUUGUUUAUUGUCAUUUAAUAUAUUCUACAUUUAAUAAUAUUCUAUUUUUCUAAUAAAUGUAUACAAAUGUAUAAUUUCAAGUUUCUUUUAGGGACAUAUUGAGUAAUUUAAAUAUAUAGAAUAUUUUUUCUUAAGUGUCAUUUGAUAUAUUCACAGCUCUUUCUAACCUGUUUUUUUCUUCCCCUCUCAGUAAAAUCCAGAAUGCUUAUGUCUGUGGACCAGGAUGACUUCUGUGAUGACUUUAGGACAAUGCCUUGGGACAAUGACAUGCGCUGCCCCCUGCCUGAACAGAGCAUGGACAUGAAUGACAACCUGCCUAACCCUGGCAUUGACCUACUUGGAGGUGCCGAGAUCCCACCGGGAGGUAAAACCACCCCGGACACCACUGUGGUCAUGGUCGUCGCCGCUAACAUGGAGAACAAGAGUGACUACAUGGGGGACUCAUAUCGUCACGGGGCCGUCAUGCCAGACAUCAAGCUUGCACACCAGGAGAUGCUCAAACACUCGAGAAUACAGAACAUGUCUGCAGAGAUGGAAACAGCUUGAAGGACACAGCCGAGUCUUCUAUUAAACGUAAACAAAAGCAGGUCAUCAUCAACGUCCAAGGCUUUAAGUUGAUGGUUAAAAUAGGAAUAAUUAAUCAAUGAAUUCUGUUCAACCUUGCCACGCGGGAAUAAUUAAUCAAUGAAUUCUGUUUAAUCUUGCCACGCGCAUGAUAAACGUUGAGAAAUUUUCAACAUAAAACCAUGGUCAGAAGUUAAUGAAAAGGAAUGUCAGAUGACGUAGGAUAAUCUUUACUGAAAUAACUGUUGCUAAAAGGUAAAAAAAAAAAUAGAUAAAAAAAAAUACAGCAAUUAUCUUAAGCAGUCAACAUUUUUAGCAACUUUGCCCUUUUUUAAAUGUAUAACACAUUGGAAAAUGUCAUCUUAGACUGUAUACCUGAUAAGAAACCUCAACUUCUUUAAACCAACUCAACAAAUUAUUUCUUAAAGGGAAAUAACUCGAGGACUAAUAAUUUUGUUUUCAGCUUUUAAACAUUGGCCAACAUUUUUCUUUAACUUUGAAGGUCUUAAAGUUACCUUACUAUAUGAAUUUUACUUUCGAUUGUUGUUUUGCUAAAAUAUUUACAGCUGCAAAUAUGGUCUCCGCAUGCUCAGUUUAAUAACAUGUACCAAAUGCUGAAAUGUACAUAGCUAUAAAUUUAAUGUUUAUCCUGUAUCUUGUGAUGCCUUGCUUCUUCAAUGAGUGGAGCUUAUCAGUAUAAUGCUGAUACUUUGCUUUAAAAAAAACAUCAAAGAUUCAAGGAAAUGGAAAUCUACUGUUCCAAGAAAACUGCUUGAUAGUAACACUAGACUGCUGUGAACUGUUGUUUUAUCAGCAACUUGUUUCAAUAUCUUAUUCAUUUAAAACUACUGAUGCUGUGAAUUGUGAUUUCAUUUAUAAGAAGAAUUUUAUUUUUAUCUUACAAUAAAAAAACAACAACAUCUCAGCAUUAUUUCUAAAAUGAAGACAGAGUAAUCCUAAUGUUGUCACUGAUUUUUUUUAGAGAGAAAUAGCUUGCCUUAGUUAUAAUGUAUUACUUUUACUUUCUUGUGAAAGAAGAAAACAAAACCUUGACAAAAUAUUUGCAUUGUUGGGUGUCAAGUGUUGAAGAUGACCUAAAUGUGUUAAUGGUCUCUAUGGUGAUUCUCUCAAUGUUUGAGGAGGCAUGAAUCAUAAGUACUGGGAAGAUUGACUUAUAAAUGUGAUGGGUGAGCCUGGUUUGGAUGCUGGUAAAAAAAAAAAAUGUCACUUCAAUUGUAUAUAUAUCCUUAUUUCGGACUCCAUAUUUGACUUGUUAUUGUUUUAGAACAGACAUUUCAGCUCACUGACCUACUUUUCCCUCCUAAGUUUUCCCAUUGUUAAUCACUGCCUUGCCUGAGCUAGUUGUAAGUUUUAGUCCACACCAGUGGUGUUCUCUGGGGUGGGGAGCCCCAGGUUUAAAAAUUUAAGAGGCAAAAAAAAAAAUGGGAAAGUGUUGUUUUUUUUUGGUUUUUUUUAAUGAGGCCAAUUUUGUGCCUAUUUAUCUAUAUUGGCUUAUUUUGAGAGACAAUGGAACUUUACAAAUGUCUGUACUAGCCCAGAACCACACCUCUAUCUUAAAUGUAAAUUUUUAGUAAUUGAUGUUAGAAAGACAUUAGGGCCUCUCAACCUGUCUCUUAAUGUUGAAAUUAAUAUACAUUUUUUAACAUUAAAAAAAAAAGAUUAUCCGUUUUGAAAAAAGUAUUACUUCAUCGAAAACUCUUAAAAUUUCAGGUGUCAUAUAAAACUUUGUACUGCAUUUAUUGAGCACUUUAAUUAAGAGUAUCAUAAUCACCAUUAUUUUCAAUUUAUUUUUUAUUUUAUAUGAAAUUUUAAAAGUAAAAAAAAUAAAAAAAGAAUAUAUGCAUGCCAAUGAACGCAAUUUAAAAAAAAAAAUCAUAUUUUUAAUAUAUUACUUUUUUUUGCCGUCCAGUUUUAUUUUUCUCAUUUUUCACAAUUGGAUUAAUUUAUCAAUUGCUAAGUGCUGUGUGAGGCCAGAGAAUCAAUCUAGCUGCUUGAAGUCAGUUACUACAUAUUUCGAAGGCCAAUUGUAAACUUUUGUUGCUGAAAUAACAAGUCACCUGCAAAUUGAGUUUUCAGCUUCUAAGUUUGUCCCAAGUAAUAUUAAUGAGAAAUAUACUGGAUCUUGUAAGUGAUAGUUCAGUUUCUAAGGCCAUAAGUAGCUUUUUAAUAUAUAUAUUUUUAUUGUUUUGAAAUGUUCAUUGUUUUUGUAUUAGUCAUGCAUAGUUUAAUAUUCUUCCAGGGUUAGACGAAAUUCAAACCCAAAAAAAACAAACAAGGGAGGCUACUCCCUUAUAAAUUGGGCUUGCUAAUUUUUUACAAUUAUUUAUUUUUCAGACAUUUGGUUUCAGUUGAUCUUUUGUCUCCAAGAUAGUGGUGGGUAAUGAAGCUUUGUUGCAUAACAAUUUACUACAUCAAAGCCUUAUAUUUAUUCUAUGAAAAACAUAUCCCUAGUUAAACGUUCAAAGUCCUAUUACGUUCACUGAAUGAUUGGAAUAUUGCAACUGGUGACAAUGCCUCUAUGAGUUAAAGUGCUCAGUGUUAGGGACAUUUUGUUCCAAAUCGUGAGUAGAAGUAGAAGUGCAUUUAUCUUGGUACAGUUAGCCCAGCAGUUCUAUCACAAUAGUGGUUCAUUUUGUUUACCAUGUGUCUGUGACAUUUUACUUUGUAUAACCAUGGUGAUUCCCAACCUGGUCUGAAUUUCUGACCCAAGAAUAACUCAGGACA